AUGUAUGGUAUUCUGCUUGAGGGACUGCGUCACUACAUCCUUUCUAAAUACGGCGAGGAGGCAUGGGAUAGUCUGCGCAGGUCUGUCGACUAUGAGGACAACACAUUCAAGCCUACCACUAGCUAUCCGGAGUUCCUUCUUCCCGACCUUGUGACGGCUGCUGCGGAAACCUUUAACGUCACCACGGACGACCUGCGUUUCUACCUGGGAGAAUAUUUUGUUACCUACCUGACAGGACACGGCUAUGGCGGCAUGGUGCGAAUCUUGGGACGGAACAUUCGCGACUUUCUGGACGGUCUGGACAACAUGCACAAGUACCUGCGUUUCACCUUUCCAUGCCUGCAGUCUCCCCUCUUCUUCUGUGCGAAUGAAAGCCGAACAGGCAUUAGUCUGCAGUACACAUCCAGGAGGGCAAAUUUCACGCAUUAUGUUCGCGGCAUCAUCUGUGAGAUUGCAAAGCAGUGCUUUGACAUCAAAAUGAACAUUGAGGCAAGUUAGAUACUCUGGUUCUUCCGCACUUAAUUAAAGCAGCCUUUUCUGCGAUAAUACAGCCAGUAAUCAGCUUCAUGCAGUUUUAGCGUAAUCUCUGAAAUGCGCUUUCGAUUGGGAAGGAUUACUCAAGUGAGCUUGGGAUGGUGAUUUUCGUGCGUCAGGGUGCCGGCUUCUGAAUGGGCCACUUCCGGGCCACCUGCAAAAAUGCAUUCGGUAAAAAAUAACCGAACAAGUAACAUGAUUUUUUUCAUCAAUUUUUGAUGACCCUUUAAAUUCAGAUAUAUUUUUAGAAGAUGAUAAAAAUAUGCUUGUUUUUACUCGUUUGGUGUAAAAUCACGUCUUAUUUAAACCUUACACUGCGAAAAAGUGUAUUCUUUGAAUUUUCUAAAAAGUUUUUAGCUAUGAAUUUUUUGAAGAUCACCAAGGUUUCAUCUAAAUAUCAUCGAAUCUGUACUUUUAUAAAUGUUCCUUAUGUAAUAUACAGCAAAAUCUACAUCCAUUGCAAAAUUUUAUGAGUCACAUGUAAGGGCAUGGAGGAAUGUAUGAUUUUCAAAGGUAUUCAGCUUGUAGAUUGCAAACUCCAACGCAAAUAUAAUGGCAAAUCGGGAUCAAAGUUAUUGUGUAGCUGAAAAAUCUUUUGUUAAGGCCGGUUGGCAGGGCUUAGACACUCAAAACCACUCAUGCGCAGUAAAAUAGGCCUUUAGUCGAGUAUCCCUCCAUUUAUUGAGUACCUAAACGAGGUGCACUUUUUCGGUUAAUUUGCGAUGUCAGUAAAAUUCAAAUCAUUCUUUGCAGAAAAGAGGAUAUACAGUGAGCGAUCAAUCUCAUCAAAUGUUGGCCGAAAUUCUGAAAUUCGCUUUCGAUUAGGAAGGAUUACUCAGGUGGGUUUGUAAUAUUGAUUAUCAUGCGGCAUAAUCCCAUAAUAUUUCGGCCUCGCCAGGAUGUCGGCUUUUGAAUGCACCUUUUUCGACCUGCAGAAACCGCACUCGGUAAAGUAACUGCUUAAUGAGAAUGCAUUGUUGACAUUGAUUUUCGAUAAUCUUAUAAAUUAAAAUAUAUUUUAUAGAAAAUACGCACAAAAAUUUGCUUUAUUCUACUCCUUUGAUGGAAAAUCCCAUUAUCUUCACAUUUUAUACCCGAAGAAAUGGUACAUUUAGGUUUUAAGAAUUUUCCCAUUUUCGAAUAAUUUUGAGUCUGAUCAGCCGUUGCAUUAGCAUUUAGCGAUUUCUGUCUACAAUUUGCAUGCUUUCCGGAUAAGGAAAAUCGUAUAUUUCUCUAUGUCUUUGAAAAUAUGCCAUAUAGAGUUCAUAAAAUUUUGCAAUCGAUGCGGAGUAUGUUGUACAUUUCAUGGGGAGCAUUGAUAAACGGACAGGUACGAUUCCGCAUGAAUAGACAUUGCACGGUCUCAAAAAAUCUCAUAGUGAGAAACUUUUAAAAAUCUAAAGAUACUUUUUCUUCGGGUAUAAAGUGUCCAGACAACAUGAUUUUCUACCAAACGAGUAAAAGACAGCACAUUUUGUGCAUGUUUCUAUAAAGUAUAUUUGAAUUUGUAAGGCCAUCGAAAUUCAGUGUGAAAAAUGCACGCUAAUCAAGUAGCCAAUUUUAUCGAGUGCGGUUUCUACGAGAGGCCGUAAAGACGUGAAUUGAAAAACCGACAUCAUGGCAUGUCCGAAAUAUUAUAGGAUUAUGCCUCAUGAUAAUCAAUAUUACAACACCACCUGAGGAAUCCUGCAUAAUCAAAAGCGAAUUUCAGAAUCUCGGCAAACAUUUCGUAAGAUCCGCCAUUCACUCCAUACUGUCAAGAUUAUUUUUGCGAUGACUGUACCAUAUGGAAAAGGCUACUCGGUUCGGAAAUGACUUAAUCAUGCGACAUCAAUAUUUCGAAGUAAAGCAUAGGUUUUAGUUAAUUUUUGGGUUCUUCUAUCCAAAGUUCACGUAUUUCUCUGAAGAAAGCCGUUGUCAUACUGAAUGUCUACCUAAAGUAUUGUGAUACAAUGUCUUUGUUUUAGUGUGCUAAAAAGCUCCUGUAAACUCUUACACAACCUUGAUUAGCACUAUCAGGCACAUCGGCGCCUCGUGGCGAACUUGUUAUUUCUGAGUUGACUGGUGUAAAUACCCUAGGGGUAUUACUCCUCUUCAUUCGAGUGUAGGCCCUUGUAAAUUCUACAAAGGUCUUCCCCCGUAGAUGCGACACUCCAACCUUGUGAGUAGCAUUGACGAACCCAAAUAUUCACUCAAGCUCCUAAAGAAUUCGCCAAAUCACGUUCGCCAAAUCUUGUUUAAUUCAUGAAUUUAUCCUCGAAUGACAUCUCUUCGACCUCAGUGCCGUCAGUCCAAAACCCUCCGCGGUCAUCUUGACCUUGCCUGCAUGUGGAAGUGGCACAAAGCCUGAUAAGUCAGGAGGAAAUUGACUUACUGGCUGAUCAAACUGUCAUCUGAGACCUACGUUCCUUAUGUGGCUCUUCCGACCUUCGAACGGCAUCCACCUUAAAGGAUUGCCUAUCGAAAGUUACGGGUGUGGUCAGUCCCUUCGAGAUGCGUUUCAAGUGGGGGGUUGUGGUCGGCUAUCAAUGUUUUGCAUUGCUGUUCAUGUAUGCGGGUCGAAUGAUUGGGUCCUGACGUCUGACACGGUGGCAACCAAUAUCACUGCAACCUCACCGGUAGGCAACUGCUGACCCUCAUCAGGUGGGACGGGGUCUCUCGAGGACAUACCAUGACGAGCUCUAAUCUAGGGUCGACGAGGUAUGCAUAUCCCGGAAGAUUGCAAACCUGGGCGGCAGUCUUGGAGACUUGGUUAAUGUACUGGAUGGCCUGGCACAUUGAAUCAUUUUUGACUGAGAAGUCGUUCGCUAUUCUGGUGGUUUCUGUGCUCGACAUGUCUAAUUAUUACUGGUGCGAGACCCUUUCGCUUUUUGCUGAUCUAUAGCGUUUAUGUUCACCCUGGCGAUUGUUAGAGUUCAGAAUUUGCCUAGCUUUGAGGGCGUUUCAGAGCACAAUAUUCUAUCGUCCCCCAUGUGCCUACCAACAAAAGAACUUCAAAGAAGGUAGGUUCUUUGGCCAAUUUCACUUGCACGAAAAGAAAAUGUCCUGUUCAACAGAAAUGCUUAUAGGCAGCAAUGGUAUUACCGACAAAGAAAAGGGAGAGUGGAAUGGCCAUUUCUGGCUUAUUAGCCGUCGUCAGCCAGCCAUACCCAAGCCCGAAGUGUGGAACACCCGAGCCUCGAACUCGCGACCUGUUGGUUUAGAAGUUCACGCCUCUACCCACCGGGCCACGAGCCCGUUGCCCUGUUGGUUUUCGAUCGGGACUAUACAAUGGUAGUGGGCGCUCACCGAUCGUUCAUACGGAACUCGCUCGUUCCGUUUUGCCUUAAGGGCUCUCUCUCGAGCCCAACCAGCAGCCGCACAGCGGCGCAUGAUAUAUAGGCAGAAUGGUACUACCGACAAAGACAAGGAGACUGGAAUGGCCAUUUCUGGCUUAUUAGCCGUCGUCAGCCAGUCAUACCCAAGCCCGAAGUGUGGAACACCCGAGCCUCGAACUCGCGACGUGUUGGUUUAGAAGUUCACGCCUCUACCCACCGGGCCUUAAGGCACCGAGCCCUUAAGGCACAACGGAACGAGCGAGUUCCGUAUGAACGAUCGGUGAGCCUCCCCUACCAUAAGACAUGCUUAUUUGCGUAAGGUGCUCAAUACGAUUUGUGCUGGUAAUGAUGCAUAUGUGGCCACUAAGAAAACUCGGAAUUUUGGUUUAUAAUCCGAUGAUCGGUAAACAUGGUCGCCACGGGAACUAGAGAAUUCAAACAAAAGAAAGAGUAAUUCUGUGUUAAUACAAAUAACUUUGAGGAUACAAAAUGCCUAACUGGAGCGAUUAUUUGAAUUGGAUAUACUGUCAAACAAAAGUUGAAUAUGGAAGACGUUCGGCGUCCGGAGAAUGUGAGCUUCAAAUGCGUUUGAAAUUUAAAAUUUCCCGAUAUAAUUAAUGGUAACAUACACCUCUAACUACAGGAAAUCUCUAGUGAUGAGACUGCGUUUAUGACAUAUACCUGAACGCAGGACGCUUCCAACUCAAUGGGUUCGAGAGUUGAUAUUAGCUUUCAUCUUUUUACCCUGUUGGACGAGGUUAGGGCGUUUUCGUUACUACUGAUAGCAACAUUCAGGCGGUUUGCUGAAGUACGGUUAAUAUUCUUCUACAGGUCCUCAAUAUUUCUCAGGAAGGCGGCCUCCACCAGGUACUCUUUCGACUCCAUUUCAACAACGUAUCAUACGAACGGGUUGACGACGCACUGGCCGUUCCGUCGACCAUCUUCUUUGAACUCUUCCCCUUCCACCUCGUGAUUGCUCGAACCAUGAAGAUAACUAAGGCUGGUCGAGGCCUAAUCUACGCAAUGCCGGACAUCGUAAACAAGAAGCUGAACGAAGCCUUCAUUUUAGUCUGUCCUGUAAUCAGCUUCACUUGGGAAGCCGUAAGUGUAUCUUCUCUUGCACACACAUGUAUGUAUAUACACACACGACAGCUCCGCUGUCAUGUCCGAUGAUGUCUACUGUAUGCUCCAAAACAAGGUGGAACAGGCGUGAUUUAGUUUAUAGUAAUAGUAGGCUUGCACAACAUCUACCGCACUCCCUCCUCCUUCCCCACCUAAGUCCGGUGUCAAGACAAAAUCAGGAAGACCGGAGGCGGGGGAGGGCGCAGAUGGAUGGCGUGGUCGAGCCCGCACCUUGGCACUACACUCCACACCCUUUGAUUAACAUGGCGAAUGACCAGGAAUUUAACCAACAACAAAAAUGGAGAGGACCGCAGGGGUCCCAAAGUGCGCGACGUCUGCCGGCAACCGGGUGUGCCACCGCAUUCCCCGAGAUGCUGGCAUUUGUUAUGGUGCGCAUUCCGAUAACGCCUGCUAGAAUCCGAUAUGGCCCCGCGUGUUGGUCCAGCGCAUCUACCACGUGGCCCGCUUGGGGGGUGGGUACGCACCUCUUAAUGAGUGCACAAACAGAGAGAAGUGGGAAAGUUGCACAGAUGCCAGUUCCUCUUAUGCCCACAAAGAAACUGAUAUGUCAAAGUCUGCGAAAUUCUUGCAGUCACUUCUGGCCUGUAUGGAGGAUCGCAUGGUCAAAAGAACUACGGCCGGUAUAAGAGUGAGAACACUGGGACAACUCCCGUUUUCGCUGCUCCCUUCAGACAAUAGAAAUUAGAAAAAUCUGCCAUACCGACAUCGUUAUCGCAUUCUACCCUAUCACUGACGUUUGAGGCUAUGUGAAACUAGCUGACCAAGUCUUCUAGGACUUUUAGAAAGUCCGCGUAGCUCAAGUGGUUAGAGCGUUGGCUGUACUAAAGCCUUUCCCUUACUGCGUGGGUUUGAAUUCCACCGAAGCGCCGAGUUUUUCACAGUUGGGUCAAUAUGAAUUAUUCAAAAUCUGCCAAAAUAUCUAUGAAUUACAUGAGCCUGGUAGUCAUCUGGUGGAUUCUAGGUGAAUUACUUAGGAAAUCCUGCUUGAGCAGUCAACCUUCUGUAUCAGAUUUGGUGGAUUCCAGACGUUGCAGUAGGUUGGGUGGGUAACUUAACCCAAAUGUGAUUAAACUCGAGUCGUCCGGCGGGCCUCGUGGCUCAAGUGGUUAGAGCGUUGGUUGCCCUAAAGCCUUUCCCUUACUUACUGGGUUCGAAUCCCACCGAGGCGCCGAGUUUUUCAUAGUUGGGUCAAUAUGAAAGUCAACCAUAAUUUGGACCGGCUCCACUUCCACAGACUAGAGAACACGGGCUCCUUUUUCGUCUGAUCCCUGUAGGCAAACAGCUGCCAAACACAACCCAGUGACCAAAUUGUCCUUUUUCAGUUAGUUUCCUGAAAAUAGUCUUUUUGCAGCUGUCGCUUUAUUAUCCCGCUCGACUUAGUUAUUAAAAAAUCUGGCUGCCUUGACGGAAUUCGCACCCGAGAAAAGAAGGCAAAGGUUGGGUUACAGCCAACGUUCGAAACACUUGACAUACUAGACCCGGCCGGGAGUCGUGAGAUUAGUCAUAUUUUAGUCAAGUUGCCCGCCCAGCCUUGAGCAAAUUAUGGGACAACCAAAUAUGAUACAAUGAGCUGGCUGCCCAAGCAGGAUUUCCUAUGCAAUCCCUUUAAAAUCCACCAGAUGUCUACUAGUCCCACUUAAUUGAAAGGCGGUUUUGGCAGAUAGGAGUAACUCAUUUGACCCAAUUGUAAAAACCUCCGUGGCCUUUGUAGGAUUCGAAUCCACCUUCUCUUGCCUUCAUCUAUACACGUAAGGCAAAGUCUAGCAUGGAUCUCAGUCCGCACCAAGUCAAAUUUAGAGCAGAAUCGUGUUAACGAUGCUGAGUUCCAGCCCGUCUCUGCCAUAAGACUGUAGGACGCAUAGGUUUCCAGCAGGGUGUACCUUUUAUUAGUCCGCCCGAACCCAAUGAAAGAAUGCGUCAUUGGGACCUGUUAGUUGGAAAACUAGAAGGCUGACCAAUUCGGACCAAUAAACAUGCAAUAACUGCCCCUCUACCAUGCUAUUAGAGAGUAUUUUAUGGCAUUACGAUGCGUGGAUUGGGAAGUUUUGGAAAAGUAACAGAGUUCGUCUGACCUUGAGGCAUAUUUUACCGACUUCAGAGACCAUCCCUAUUCUUAACUGUUCUUGUUCCCUAAAAAUUACAGAAUUAACCUAAAGCGAAACCCCUCAUCGGAAACGGGCUGUUAACAACAACGACUUUUAAAGAAACUCAAGAUAGCUGUUUAGGAAAAGUGUCGAUAAAUAUCCAUAUCUGAAACAUUUUUGCACACUUCCAGAUACUGCUAAAACACCGCAUUAAAUUCUGUUUUAGGUCAUGUUUCACACAAAGAAUAUCUUUGAAAUACUGCAACGCACGGAAGAUUACGGUAAGUCGUCUGAGAAGGGUUAAUGCAUCGAAAUUUUCCUUAACCUGUAAUUAGUUGAAAAAUGGGCUUUAAUUAAACAUUUAAUGAAAGGCUGUGAUCCAGCCACUGAGCGGUUUUAGCAUAGGUCAGCAAAUAUCCUAUGAUCGGAGGCGUCUAUUUAUCGUUGUUUUAUCGGUAGGUGCCUGUGGGUCACUCCGUUAAUGCGCACCGUUGUCCGCAGUCAAAAUAUGUAAUUUUGCAGUCCCUAAGAAAGGUAUUUAAAAAAAGCCCCACAAACCUUUCAUCUGGAGUAAUUCCACACUACUGGGAGUUCUUUUGUUUAUUUCAGUUUAUUUGGUAAGGAUAACAGGCAAGGCCUUUGAAAACCCUAUUGAUUACAUGUCCGCUCGUUAGAAAUAACUGUACACGAACGUCGAGAAUAUUCGUUAUUAAAACCGUACUUGGUCCAUUUAAGUAGCAUUGUUUCAAAGAAAUAACUUCCAGGAGAUCGCGAAGUAUCUAACUCAGGUUCAGACUAUCGAGGGAAACCAGGGGACACAAAUAAUUAUCCAAGCGUUUCUUGAACAGUUGCAGGGACAUCACCUCCACGACUGAUUGAGGGAGAUUGUUAAACUUCUCCACUACCUAUUGUGUGUAGAAUUCAGAACGAAGAUUCAGCGUGGACAUUUUUGUCCUUAGCUUCGUCGAAUGACCACGAAGAUUGGGUGAAAGGUGCUGCUGAAACAUGUCCCCAAAGCUAAGUUCAUGCUCAAGGCCAUGGAUUACCUUGUAAACCAGGACAAGAUCAUCUCUUUGUUGCCUGUAACACAGAGGGAAUAAAUUAAGGCAUUCAGUCUGUUUAUGUAGGAUUGGUUUUUAAAACCGUUCACAAGGUUUGUUGCACGACGUUGUACUCUUUCGAGGCAUUUUUGGUCCGUUACUAGCCAUGGCCGCCGCGCUUGUAUGUUAUAUUCCAAAUAGAGACGACAAAAAGUGCCUUAAACUCUCAUAAAAAAGGUCUUUUUCGAAGGUUACGGACGCCCUUUUGAUUGCAUGGAGUACUUUCAUGGCGUUUUUUGCAGCCCUGUUGCACUGCAGUGUUAGUUUCAUGUUGUUCUGUAUCAAAACACGGGGAUCCUUCUACAAAGGUUCUGCGGGAAGUGUAGUGUCUUUUAGAUUAUAUGUCUUCAGGCUCUCAUUUGAAUGAGGGUUGGUUGGACGCCGAUGAAGGACAGCACGCGUCUGCACAUUGAACUAUAGAGGCCAUUUCUCGGACCACGCUUGCAGUGGGUGCAGAUUGUUUUGAAAGACUCUCUAGUCAUUUGGACUCUUAACGACUUGCCAGAGCUUAACGUCAUCGACAAACAUUAAUUUGCCGCAGUCAAUGUCCUGAAGGCUGUUAUUAACGUAAAGGGUGAAGUGCAAGGUCCCAGAACUGAGUAUUGAGGCACAUCACUAGUCACGUUCACUCAGUCUGACAUAUCGUCUCCGAUGCAGACGCUCUGUUUUCGACCAAUCAGAAACGCCCUUAUCCAGUUCCUCAGAUCUUUCCAGAUGCCGAGGGCGUCCAUUUUAUGGAAAAGGUGUUGCUAGGAGACAGUUUCAAAUGCUUUACGGAAAUCGAUCAACACGACAUCCACCUCAAACCCCUCUUUUAAAGCCCUGGUCCAAAUUUCCAGACAAGUUAGUAGAUUUGAGAGGCAGGAACGUCCUCUCCGGAAGCCAUGCUGAAAAUCCUGCAAGGCGUUAUUUUCUCCACAAAAUUGAUGUCAUCGUUUGCUUUCAUUGUUUUGUAUGAUAGGCUAGUUAAGCUAGUAGGCAUAAAGCUGCUUGCUGUCAUCCUGAUACCUCCCUUAUGUUGUUUCGAGUCUUUUUAAACUAUUGAAAUGAGAAAAUGUGUGUGUAUAUAUGAAAAAUCCCUUUCAUCAGUUAACUAACCGCCUCUCAUUUAAACCCCUUUUAGACGAAGAAGACGAGCAAAAUUCGGGCGGAGCACUACGAAUUCGUGGUCAGAUGAAAUACAUGAGUGACUGGGAUUCAAUAGUCUUCCUUGGAACUCCAAUGUGGGUCUGGGAUUGUGCCUGAUAGCUAUUCCAAGGGAAAGAGAUGCUGAGGGAAAGGGGCUAUCAGCUGCAUAAGUCAAACAUCCUUUAAUCCUUUUAUAGGGGCCUUUUACCCGGCAGCGCAUUCUCAGGUAUGCGUGAAAAUAGGGUUUACCAGAAUGCGGUCAGGUCUGUUAGUACAUGGCUUCCUCCUAAGCGCUCGAUCAAACUGGAAAGAAUUGUGUCAUCUGUAGAAGUCUCGGUCGCUGGCCCAGUUUUGUGGUCCCCUUCACCUGCGUCCAAACGGCUGGGCCAAUGGCCGAGAUUUCAGCAGAUCUCCCCCGUCCACCCCCAGUUCUUUGAAACGAGUGUCCGGAAGUACAGUUAGUAACCGAUCUCAUGAAAUGUUGGCCGAAAUUCUGAAAUACGUUUGGAAGGAUUACUUAGGUGAGGUUGUAAUACUGAUUACCAUGCGGAAUAAUCCCGUAAUAUUCCGAACCUGCCAAGAUAUCGGCUUUUGAAUGCGCUUCUUUUCGAUCUCCUGCAAGACCCACACUCGAUAAAAAAUUGACUACUUAAGUAGCAUGCAUUUUCGCAUUGAUUUACGAUGGUAUUAUAAAUUCAAAUAUAUUUUGUAGAAAACAUGCACAAAAAUAUGCCUUCUUCUACAAAUUCGGUGGCAAAUCACGUCGACUGUACAUUUUAUGCUUGAAGAGGGGUAUAUUUGAGUUUUAAAAAAGUUUUCUAGUUCUUGAAUGAUUUUAAGCCAGAUCAGGCGUUGCAUUAGCGUUUAGCGAUUUCUUUCUGCAAUGUGCAUACUUUCCGUGUGAGGAAAAUAAUUUAUUUUUCUAUGCUUUUAAGGGGAUAUCAUUUUGAGUUCACGAAAUCUUGCAAUGAAUGAGGACUAUGUUGUACAUUUCAUGAGGAGCAAUGAUAAAUAGAAAGGUACGAUGCUGUAUGAAUGUCCAUUGCACGGUCUUGAACGUCGUAUAAUUAAAGACUUUUUUAAAAUCUAAAUAUACCCCGUCUUCAAGCAUAACAUAUACAGUCGACGUGAUUUUCCACCGAAUUUGUAGGAGAAAGCAUAUUUUGUGCAUGUUUUCUAUAGAGUAUAUUUGAAUUUAUAAGAAAAUCGUAAAUUAAUGCGAAAAAUGCAUGCUACAUAAGCAGUCCUUUUUUUACCGAGUGGGGUCUUGCAGGAGGUCGAAAAGAAGUAUAUUCAAAAGCCGACAUCUUGGCGAGUCCGAAAUAUUACUGGACUAUUCCGUAUUCUAAUCAGCAGUACAACCCCACCGAAGUAAUCCUUCCAAAUCGAAAACGUAUUUCAGAAUGUCGGCCAGCAUUUCAUGAGAUCGGUCACUCACUUUAGUUCGGUUGUAAGAGUUUUUAUGGAACAAUAUAUGAGGGGAAUGUGCCAGAGCUACCUUUGCCACAAAAACUUGCAGUAGUAUUGAUCACUUGAGCUAAAGGUAAAAGACAAACGGGCCUUCAGACCGAGAAAUGACCCCGUCCUUACCCUUUCGGCCCCAUCAUUAGGACGCGGACAUGAGUUAACGGGGUGCAAGUAUCAAACACGCUGAUCUGAAAGCCUUUUUUGAGGGAACUGAUGGAAUUGAUUUGUCUCUUCAUAAGUAUUAAGUACAGUAGGUGUGCUAACUCGUGAAAUGUUAGCCUAAAUUCUGAAGUGUGUUUCCGAUUCGAAAAGAUUAGUUGAGUAGGUUUGAAAUAUUAAUUAUCGCGCAGCAGAAUCCUAAGAUACAUCCUUUACUUCGGGAUGCCGGCUUUUGGGCGAACUUCUUUUCGGUCGCCCGCAAAAACCAGUCUGUAAAAAUUACUAGUGGAGUAGUAUGCACAUUUUUAUAUUGAUUUUUGAUGCCCUGAUAAAUUUAAAUACAUUUCCUAGAAAAUAUGCUAAACUGUGGUUAUUAUUACAACCCUACUUAAGUAAUCUUUUCAAAUCGGAUAUAACUUUCUGGAUUCUUCUAACAUUUCAUGAGUUAUUGCACCUACUGUUAUUUCGGGCAAAAGGGCGUUAGGCAGUGUUUUGAGUAGGAAUAGUAAAAAGUUGCAGUUUUCUCCUUCUAAGAUGUCUAGAGGAGGGAAGUUGAACUUGUCUUGUCUUUAAAACUUGGUCAGUUGACGGAUUACCCGCUGAUAAAUUUAAGAUUCAAGGAGGUAAUUAUAUGAGAUGAAGAACAGCGUUGUCUAAUCUGUAUAUUCUGACUGGAAGACCAUUUGUGACUCCACCUAACUUCAGACUGGCUCUCCAAAAAUGUUUUACCACUUGCUAUAUGUAUAGAUUUUCUAUUGGUAACUUAAAUUUGAAUGGGCGCCUCGUGGUUGAAAAGAAUUACAUAGUUAAAACGUAUUUUACAACCUUGAGCUGUCAUUCCUGUGAGCUUAGGGUCUAAAGAAGACCUGAUUUUAGAUUUGCGAAAAUUCCCGUAGCAGUAGCGAGAAGACGAGAAGCUACGUAUGCUCGCCACCUUGUCUUCUCAAGACCUGAUUUGCUGCCAAAUGAGUGCAAGAAUGAAUAUUUUUGUGUCUAUUUUCCAUAACAUAUAUUUGGAUUUACCGUGUUUAUCAUCCCCCGAGGAAGAGGAAGAAGAGAAAAUCAUUUCAUGGACCAGAUUGUAUUCAAACUGACGUUUCGGAAACGCUCUCGUUUCCAUCAUCAGAGUUGUUAGCUGACGUUUCUUGCUGGCCUUGAUUUGUUCAGCCUUGCCGCCUGUCUCGUGUUAUAACUGUGCCCAGCGCACAUACGUUAACUAGCCCGUUUUCUGUUGGCUGGUUGUGGCCUCUCAUAUCCCAGUCAUUGGCGGACUGGCGUGCCUUACGCCCCCCUCACGCCUGCGUCGGCGUGCUCGUUAGCCUCCCCCUCGUCAGACAGCGGGCUGAUCGAUUGUUGUUCCUCAAGCAUGGUGUUUUCGGCCUCGCGAGUACGUUCGUGAGGCAGUGUGCCACGCCGGUCACGUGACAUUCGGUCAGCGCCUUCCCCUCUCUCCGCGAGCGUCGGCAGUCGAGUCCGUGUGACUGGUAUCGGUCCUGCCUGGACUGACUCGAGCCUUGCGCGGAGCGCCUGGUAGGCGGGAUGUAGGCCUAUGGCUCAGUUGAGCUAUCAGCGAUUGAUAGAAAACAUGCAUGCUAGUUAUGCGGUCAUUUUUUUACCUAGUGUAGUUAUUGCUGACGGACGGAAACAAGCUCCUUCAAAAGCAGGCAUUCCGAUGUGAUUGAUUGGGAUUUUGCUCCAGGACGAUCAAUAAUGCAAGCCCAACUAUGCAAUUGUUUCUAGGUCAAAACACAGUUCAGAAUUUCGGUUAACAUUUCAUGAGAUACUUCACCUACUGUAUGUGCGAUGCAACAUUUGAAAAACGCGGAUCCUGAAUUCCAAUUGAUCCCACCAUCCGAUAGUGCAAUUUACCAUAUAUCAUCUCGAUUUCUUACAGGUAUUUAAGGUCCUUCGCCCUCCAAACUUUCAACGUUCCAGUUAUUGAGUAUCACGAAUCGGGGUUUCACGCUGAAAUUUUAAUUCCCGACACAGACUUUAUGUUCCUAAUCGUCAUUUUCUGCUUCGUUAGUACCGAAACAGUGUUCACAAAGGUCUGCACUGUGAACGACAGUCAUCCGCCACUAGCACUUUAGUAUGACCCCUUGACAGGACAACAGAGAAGAAGUGUCCGAUUGGUCGAGGUGCUAGCUAUGUUUGAAAGCCUUGAAGAACACUAUUCAGAUCCGUUGUCAGCAUGAGUCACCCAUUAGCUGCCUGGUUCUGAACGUCCGCCUAUCCGUUGACCAUGCCAGCGGGGAAAUCAGAUACGUCAUGCAACCCCCGCCUGUCAGAUAUCACCACGGUAGCUAGGCUGGAGUGCAUGCCUACCGUCUAAUGCGCACACCCGUGAACUUUGUGAUUCGAGCUUCCGGUUUUAAUUGUACUACUGAUGGCCAGACGUUCUGUAGACCUGUAGCGAUAUUAGGUUAGUUUGGUUUGUGUCACGAUAAUUUCAAACGAUCUCAGUACCCAAACGUGGGUCAGCAAAAUGCAGCCAGAAUUGUUGACGCUGGUAGCAGAGUUAACCUAACCUUAUGACUGAGUCUAUUUGCUCCGCCUGUGUAGCUCAUCGGGUACUAUGCCCCAACAAACAGUCAGGUAGUCACGAGCAACUGCUGCAAGAAAGUCUUUGUUCUGUCAGCUUUUUGGGGAAGUCUGUUAAGGCUUUGAAAAUAAGCUUUGAGAGGCAAUCGAAACGACUGCGUCCAAACCUACAUUUACGUCAAAUGGAUUCAUUUGACACAGCUCCGGACACCUGCAUGAAAAAGAACGUCCAAAAACUCACUACUUCGGUAAAGGCUUCCAAGAAAUAACCUACUUUGAAGGUUAUUACAGGCAGAAACUAGAGAACUCAUCGUUCCGGCGGUCAGUCAAAAACAUUGCAAAUUACAAAGUGUUUGUUUACAUUUUAAGUAACACUGUAACUCGGCGGAAUUCACUGUCGCAAAAAAAAACUAGAGUAAUUUUAUUGAAGAAAAGUACCCAAGAUGCACAGAAAAUGUUAUGCUUUCGAUUGGAUGCGUCGACUUGUGACCCUACGGAAACUUUUAUUCCUGUAACGUCUCUACCAGUGAAAUCAGGCGAAAUUCUCUUUGAUUUAGUCAGCCGCAUCAUAAACAAUACAAAACUGGAAAACGUCAUCGAAUUCUCGCAAUAAACUUUUAGAACACAUGAUUAGACAUUAUGUGCUUAACCAUGUGCCAGACUUCUCCCAGGAUAUUUGCUCCAAAUGUACAGAUGUAUACAUAGAGUAGUGUUUUAGCGUUAUUACGUUUUUGCUGUUUUAUUUUACCAAAACCACCAUGCUCUGGGGCACAUAACGAAUUUUUAUUUAAUUUGGACGCAUGUCAUGAGAUAGGUUAUCUACUACUACUACUAAUACUACUACUACUACUACUACUACUACUACUACUACUACCACUACUACUACUACUACUACUACUACUACUACCACUACUACUACUACUACUACUACUACUACUACUACUACUACUACUACUCUAUCUACUGUUUACCUGCUUUCGCAGUUGUUCCUUGGUCCCCUUUGAAGUGUAGGUUACUUAUUUAGGUUUGGUGUCUCUACUAGUUGAAGAAAGCAUGACAAUAAUCCUACCAGCACUUGAUGCUAUUCCUUAAAUAAAUUUGGAUGACGUAACUCUAGAAGUCUGUUAGGGAUCCCUGGACUACCUUCCUGUAAAACCCUCGGGAACAAAUCCCAAAUGGCUGCACAAACAUCAACGGAAGACGCCACUCGGUGCCUCAUCAUCUGGUCAAUACGGAUACAUGAGAAGUAGUUCAGGGCAUGAAAGUUUGUAGGCGGAGAUGAAUGCCAAAACAGGUAUGCACUUUGUACCACUUUCGUGUGGCGCUGGGAUUGCAUUCCCUCCUGUGAAAUAGGUUAUAUCAGUCGGCGGUCAUGAUGUGGACGCUAAUAAAGCCUGUAGGAUAAACUGCUAGAUACCAACUCGCCUCUGAAACAGCCCAGGAUGCUAAUGGCAGCAGAAAUGACGUCCACCCGACCAGGAAAACCCACACCUGUGCACUCAGGCUUCACGCCUGCCGCAACGCAAUGCAUGCCGGCUGAUCUUCGCGGAAUUGACCGGUUUUAAAGUGCAUUUUAUUGAGCCCUCAUCUCUCCCCGCCCAAAAUGAUUCUACCCUCCACUCCGUAAUCAUCCGCCCCCCUCCACCCAUGACCUUUUAUCUCUCGCGAACUAACUUACCGCUCUAGUGAGCUGGCUGUCUAUGCAAAUGUAUCGGUCCGAUGCCGAAUUACCGAAAACAAUCCCCUUGCACAAGUCCCUUCUUCUCAGUAUGUAAAAUUAUUUCUAGGGCGACCAAACCAGGGUGAAACAACCAGGCAUUACUCACACUUGCCGCAUCAAAAAGUCAUUCAUAUAGUUCCAGACUGCGCAUCAAUGAAAGUGGGUGAAAGUCGGGUUAUUUCCGUUUUUGGCAUAGAUGAAUUACGAGAGCCUGGUAGUCAUCUGGUGGAUUCUAGGUGAAUUACUUAGGAAAUCCUGCUUGGGCAGUCAACUUACUGUAUCAGAUUUGGUGGAUUCCAGACGUUGCAGUAGGUUGGGCGGGUAACUUGGCCCAACCGUGAUUAAACUCGAGUCGUCCGGCUGGGUCUCGUAGCUCAGGUGGUUAGAGCGUUGGCUGUACUAAAGCCUUCCCCUUACUGCGUGUGUUCGAAUCCCACCGAGGCGCCGAGUUUUUCACAAUUGGGGCAAUAGGAAUAGAUGGAAAAGGCACUGUCCUGGAACGGGCAUCGAGUCUGCCACGUUAACAAUAAUCAGGAGUCUGGGGUUCCCCUUCAGACCACCCGUGCACAUUUUCGUGGCCUUCUCGGAUAAGAGGCUGCAUUUCGAAAAAAAAGAUUGUUUUACUAUUCUUGCAACUUUUUGUUUUUACGCAGACUCCGCAACGUCGAGCAAAUGCGAAUGUGCGGCCUGUUUCUCAACGACCUUGGACUCCAUGACUUCAGUCGCGAUAUGGUGUUUGUGGGCGAGCAGGAAUCCACUCAGUUGAAGUUAUCCCUUGAUACGGUAAGUUCUCCCGGCCGUGCGUACUCUGAAGGCAUGGUUAGACCCUCCCUCAGGAGCACUCUGGAUGCGUUUAUCCACAAAAGGGAAAACUAGACAGAGCCGGUUUUGCAAACAGGAAUUUUAUUUAGUCAUCAACAGGCAAGCCCUUCUAAAAACGCUGUGAAAAAACAAAAAUCGCCAAUCACACAGCAGAUGGGAAGGAAAGUCCGCAUAAAUGAAUUGGUAACCGAGCACAAGAGAGUUAGUACUUAAGAAUCAAAGUUGUGAAGUACAGCCAGAGAAAAGAGCUUGGUAAAAUCGAGGUGGCGUAUGUAAGUCUUCGGAGGACAAUAAAGGUAGUUCAUUUUUGCCAAGUGUCCAUAUUAUGUAAAGCGAACCGCCGGAGAACUUUUCAAAAUUUGGCUAUUGAGGGGCCCCAAAUACUGGCUUUUAAAGCAGUCCCCCACGUACGAUGCAGUAUCUUUUCCAUUUUACAGGUGUUCCUGUCGCUAGGAGCUGCAUUUGAUAGGGACAAAUGUUGUGGAAGGAGACGACGACGAUGAUGAUGAUGAGGAUGAUGAUGAUGAUGAUGAUGAUGAUGACGAUGGUGGAGGGGUGAUGAUGAUGAUGAUGAUGAUGAUGAUGUUGUGUGGGGUUUUUGGGUCGUGUUAGUAGGGUGGUUUUAAUGACUAAUGCCUUUCAGAUCAAUCAACGAAAGUGAGUGGAUGUAUUUGUUCCACUGACGUCUAAAAGGAUGUUUUUAUUUUGACGCCUGCAUGAAUUGCAUUAAGCAGUCAAAGUAGGAAUUCAGCAAAGCUGACCGAAACCUGAGAACAAAGGCCCGCCGGAAAGAAGGGAACUCUGGUUAAUACUGCUGAUGACAUUUCAUAAGAGCCAGAAAAGUUUCUUCAAUUCACUUCUAGUCUUUCGCCAAUGAACCAUACUCCUUGAAAAUAAGCCUGCUUUGCGCAUGCCAGGCAGUGGAACGGUGUUGGGCAUCCAACAGUCCAGUCAUCGCUCUUGGAGAAAUCUGCUGCGACAAUAAGACGCCAGGAAAAGAUUUGCAGCAAUCACUCUCAUGUGCCAAUUCACUAGCAGGAAGCCGAAUCAGAUUCACAAGUAUACGACACGAGAGUCCAUCCAUUUGUCACGGCAACGUUAGCAACUCGGUUAUGCCUCUUUCCUUGAUCAUCAAAUGUCCUUUGGUUAUUAGUCGUUACUUUUGUUUUCUUGUAACGUAUAUAUAUGCUUAACUUUUGCUUUCAUUACCAGAUGGCAACGCUCACAGAAAACUUUGAGAAGAGCCAAAAGGAACUGGCGGACAAGACCGAGGCAAUGAAAGAAUUAAUGUACCAUUCGAUGCCUCACAGCAUUGCGGAGAGGCUAAAGAGGGGACAGUCGAAAGAGGAAUUGGCGAAGGUCUGCUGAAUGCUUUUAGAUUACAACAGUUUUAAGUGUACUGCAUGAAGUUGUCUGUAUAUUAGCGUGGGUUGCAUGCUGAUCUCUAGGGCGGGCCACGUGAGAGAUGAUGUGGACCGAAAGGGGGGCCAGUUGAGGGUAGAAAAUGCGUUAAGAGGGCUACGCAGAGUCUGCGCAUCUACUUACAAACGGGCAGUGGGAUGGCACGCGUAGACUCAGACAUACUCCGCCCUAGCCGUUUGUGACCAAUCACAGCAUAAUAUGGCUGACCGGCUCGCGCAGUGCACGGGAGAAGAAAGAGAGAGAGAGUGAGGUUGACAGUGCGAAGUUGAAUUCCCCGACAUGUCAGGGCACCCUCAAUUAUAAACACUUUGAUGCUCUUUGCAACCUUCACGACGCACUAAAAGGCGUGCUUUUGAAGGCUGUCAAGUAAUUGGGUAGCUCGGUCCCCUCGUACAGAAAGUCAGUCUGCAAUGGAUCCUUCUUAAUGUCGCUUCUGGUGGAACCCGAGCCGAGCACUUCUUGUUUCCGCGAAGACCCUAGGGUAACAAUCGGGAGAUGGCACCCAAAAAAAUCCGCCUAACCAAAGCAACCUGUCUUACUGGACAGGUGGUAAUAGGGGUUUUAUGGGUGGUGGGUGGUCGGGAUGUACGAUACCAGCCGACGAACAGCCUUAUUUGGACAGGUGAAUGAUCGAAGUUGGCCUGCUCUCCUUUCCGUUAUUACAAAAUGGGUCGUCAAAGGCAGUAUAGUGGUAACGGACGAGUGGAUGGCGUAUCAUCGUCUUCCCUCAGAAGGUUAUCUACAUUUCUCUGUUAAGCACUCAAAGAACUUCAAGGACCCUACCACCGGACGGCACACCAAUGCCAAUGAGGCAUACUGGUGUAGACUGAAAAGGAAACUUCACGAGGGAGGCCCUGUAUGUGGUCGAUAUGUGUGGGCUCACAUAGACGAGCAAUAGUAUCGUCUUUGGUUUGGCCUCAAUGCCAUGCCUUUGACAGAUGUCUGGGAACUGUUUCUGUCCCAUGUGAUGCAGACUUAUCCUUUUUAAAAGUGAUUUUGUUUUGUAAUAAACUGCCAUAAUGCGAAUGUAUGCCGUAUAUUCAGGUGUACGUGUGUAACGAUGGGGAAGGUUUGGUAACAGCGAUCAUCUUCCAUGUAACCUCCUGCGAUGUUCGUUCGGCCAGCCGAUGUUAGGCCGUCGAAGAAAGCCCAAGUAGAGCGUGAAAGUAGGCCUGCAACGGUUAAUAUAGCCUGACGGCGUUUGAGUCUACUGAUAAAGGUAUUAUUUCUAGGUAACGGAUUUUUUUUGGGUGCCAUCUCCCGAUUGUUAUCGAGCCUAGUUCUCUGCACGCUGUGCGGGUCGUGUGUGGGACGGGUAGACGGGAUGUUUAGCUUUGCCCGCCACAGAGCCCGACCCCGCCUACGGCCGCCCUGACUCUGUCUCGUCACCGGGUUGAGGAGGACGAGAGGGGAGGGAGUGAGCGGAUGCUGCAUAAGUCCGCUAUCAUUACAAGCUAUUUCACGCUCUAGUCGCUGUCCUGAACCUACCAUGCUGUGUGGUACACGAUGGGCACUGUCCCUCGUAACGGCCGAAAUGAUGCAGGUUGCAUGGGAUAUUUAGCGGCAAAGAAGACGUUAACGCUACCCUGGAUGGCAUUUGAAUGGUGUUUCUUUUCUUCUGGAAGAAAUGGGAAUCCUUGCGGAAGGACUGUGGGGCAAACGUUCGUCUACAGCUGCGAAGUGGGGUGGAGCCGAGAACGAUCUUUUACUUCCACUUUCCAGUUAGCGGUCUUUUCUCUUUAACUCCCCUGAAGCAAUGAGACUGCUCAGUAUAUGGUCAAGUGCUAUCCGCUUCAACCGUUUUCGUGAUUUUUUUACGCAUCAGACCCUAGGGUUUCCCUUUACGCUGAGCUUGACCUCGUGCGUGGUAGGUGUUCAAGGCCUAAUAGUGCCUGAACUCAGGACGAUUGCACUGCGCUGACCUCCUAAUUCCCAUAGUACUACCCGCAUGUGAUUUCGUUUUCGAAUAAACAGCCGAAUGCAAGUGUUGAGUCGUAUGAUGAUUUGCUUGGAAAAUGCAUGUCUGGUGUCAUGCGGACGGUCAUGUCCAGUCUAGCGAUCAACAUCUAACAUUUGUCUAAUUCAUUUUGACCCAGCUGUGGAAAACUCCGUGCCUAGGUGAGUUUCGAGCCCACGACAGCAAGCGGAAGGCUUUAGUACAGCCAACGCUCUAGUCCCCUGAGCUGCGAGGCCCCAUCGGACGACGCGAGUUUAGGUACAUCUAGGCCAGGUGGCUAGAGCGAUGGCUGUACUAAAGCCUUCCCCUUGCUGUCGUGGGUUUGAAUCCCCGAGUUUUUCACAGUUGGGUCAAAAUGAAUCAUUUGAAAUCUGCCAUAACACCUGUGGAUUACAUGGGCCUGGUAGUUAUCUGGUGGAUUCUAGAUGUAUAACUCCGGAAAUCCUGCUUGGGCAGUCAGCUUACUGCAUCAGCUUUGGUGGAUCCAGCCGUCACAGUAAGUUGGGUGGGUAAACUUGACCCUAAUGUAAUUAAAUUCGCGUCGUGCGGUGGGGCCUCGAAGCUCAAGUGGUUAGAGCGUUGGCCGUACUAAAGUCUUCCCCUUACUGUGUGCGUCCGAAUCCCACCGAGGCGCCAGGUGUUUCACCGUUGGGUUAAAAGGGAUUAUUUGAAAACUGCCAUAACACGUGUGAGUUGCCUAAUUCUUAUGGAGGGCAUUAAUAUGGCCAUGUUUAGAUUGUUAUAUCUUCUCUUGAUGAUCCACUGUUCACAGUUGAUUUGCUGCCUACGUUGAGCAAACUGGUCUCUUUGUCGUUAGCUCAAUUUGUCGACUAAACGGCAGUUAGAUGUGGAUGCUACUUUUACUGUUCUCGAUGCCGCAGCAGGUGAUUUCGCCUAAUAUGCUGAGUAGUAACUUGAGUGCGUGUCUCAAGUCCGCAGGCAGUGCUAGUAUAGGAGGGAUAGGGCUCCAUUCUCAAAAUAGGAUCUCAACAACUUUCGCUGUCAGUUGCACUGGCGUCUAGCUCGUCGGUAUGCGUGCGUUGCAGAGGCGAAAGACAAACGGCGUUAGGAGUAAAAUUUCAAAAAUUGAAGGUAUUCCCAGCACACAGUAGUUUUCGCAAAUAAAGGAGACCUUUGCGGAAACGGAUUUUGGUUUUAGAAAAAGUUAUGCGUAAAUUAAAGCAUGCUGAUGUAAUACUCCAAAGGACGCACCCGCCUACUCCGUUAUCCACAUCGUACGUUAGAAAAGAUUCAGAGCUGGGAGAAUGAUCGGAAGAUAUGGUCUGCUGAGAGAUGUACUGGGUUGACUGUUUAAAUUUCCAAAAGUGAUGUUUGGGACCGAUUAAGUGUUAACAUGACAUGACCUACGCACCGCAGAUUUGUAGUACUAAAGUUUACCUAGCAUAGUAGUGAACUUCCCAAACGGCCGUAUGAUUUCCUCGCUUCUAAUGCAGUUUUGUUGACAGCCAGCUAUUCUCCCUAGUUCUGCUCAACUUAAUUGAAGAUUAGAUUGGAGUGCUAUUCGUUGAUCUAUUCCCUCUUCGGGAUGAAAUAUAGAUGAAAGUUAAAGCAUACAAGAAUAGCUCGAUUCAGCGUCACCAAACAAUUUCGCGACGAUCUAUCAACUGCUCCCUGUCGCUUCGUAAGAUGGAUAGGGGGCAGUGCGUACGCAACCGGUUAACCCUAUUAAGGGACUCAUUAUGAAAACAGCCACAUCAUAAUUUAAGUAACUGUAUUUAAUAAAUGAAGAAUGGUCAUGUAACAACACGGUGAAAGUUUAACCGUCGUUGCCGACAUUAUCCGCCGUGUGUUCCACAGCAAGGUGAGAGCAGGUACGAUGACUUGUGCGGGAAUUAGUUUAUAGUGGUAUUAGACUUACGUAGCAUCUACCGCACUCUCUCCCCUCCCCCAUUUGGACCCACGUUCAAGACACAGUCAAGAGGAGGGCGCGAUGAAUCACGAUUUAGUCUUGGUCACACGGUGGUUGCAAAGCGCUGCCCGACGGUGUGCAACACUACUUGACUUGGUAGGGGGCGCUUACCGAUCUUUCAUACGGAACUCACUCGUUCCGUUGUGCCUUACGGACCCUCUCUCGAGCCCAACCAGCAGCCUCACAGCGGCGCAUGAUAUAGGCAGUAUGUUAUUACCGACAAAGACGAGGGAGACUGGAAUGGCCAUUUCUGGCUUAUUAGCCGUCGUCAGCCAGCCAUACCCAACCCCGAAGUGCGGAACACCCGAGGUUCGAACUCGCGACCUGUUGGUUUAGAAAUCAACGCCUCUAAUCACUGGGCCACGAUCCCGUUGUUCUGUCGGUUUCGAUCGGGAAUAAACAAUGGUAGGGGGCGCUCACCGAUCGUUCUUAUGGAAUUCACUCGUUCCAUUGUGCCUUACGGGCUCUCUCUCGAGCACCACCAGCAGCCGCACAGUAACGCAUGAUGUAGACAGAAAGGUAUUACUGACAACGAUAAGAGCGACUGGAAUGGCCAUUUCCGGCUUAUUAGCCGUUGUCAGUCAGUCAUACCCGGGUGUUCCACACUUCGGGGUUGGGUAUGACUGGCUGACGACGGUUAAGAAGCCAGAAAUGGUCAUUCCAGUCUUCCUAGACUUUGUCAGCAAUACCAUCCUGACUAGUCGCUAAAUUAGGAUAAAUUAGUCUGUUUGAGACUCAUAGACCCAGACUGGAAGUAGAUAUGCACAUUUAGACCGAAGUUCAUCAGCCAAAUAGACUGAUUUACUCCAAUUUAGCGAUUUAUUUCAAGGGAAGUAAAAAAAGUUGUCAUUGCAAAACUGAAGUAUCUGCCAGAAAGCACUAGGGGAACACUGGCCAAUUCACUGAUGAUCCGAAUUACCUGUGACUGUGUCACGCAGCGACAUAAUAUCGGCUAAACACGAGUCCGGGUUUUUAGCCAGUACCGGUGCCGUCAAGUAUGGUAUAGCGUACAGCCUAUGUACAAUCAGACAUUUCUGAGAACGCUUUCAUCUCGAUAUCUGCCACCAUUAAUAUAGACUGAAUCUUUAUGCCGUUUAAUAGAUGCAAACACAUCCUUUUGAUUAAGAGGUAAAAUAAAUCAUAAUUUAAUUCCCGCAUGAUUAUUUUUCUAGCAUAUUUUGAAGGUUUGAAGAAGGUUCUGCUAGGACAAUACGGAAAUAAGGGAUUUAUGCCUCGGUACAGUGCAGAUUUAGAAUUCAUUCCGAAGCUGCAGGGUUGCUAUGCGAGUUUACACGCUAAAAAUUAUGCCUUUUGUAGGUCUACGAAGAUGUGACAAUCAUGUCUGCUGCCUUAAACAAUGUCUGCAAACUGAGUAAAUUUGCGCAACCACAGGAGCUGUUGGAAGUGAUCAAAAAGGUUAUGGAAGAAAUUGACGGCCUCGUUCGAACAUACCACUGUUGUAAGGUAGGUCGCCAAAACUGUCUGAAAAGAGGCAAAAAAGUUUCUUCUAUAUCUUUCUGUCAUAACCUCAGUUUUUAAUAUAGUUUUAUAAAAACUUGACUAAUUCCAGCAUUUGUCUUAGAAAAAUCGUGAUUACUGUAUUUAUUCACUUUUCGACAAUGAAAGGACAUUGUUUGGUGUCUAUCAUGUGCACAGCGUUCAUGCUCUUCUAUUAACUUUUUCUGCUGGGUUGUGCAAACACCAGACAUGCUAAGCCAUCCUCCUCAUACUAUCUGAAUAGCAGUCGAUUACUAAUCACCUAUACCCAGCCACCUUAUCACAGGGGCUUCAGCAUGACAUGAACCUCUGAUGAUGAUAAUAAAUGGGGCGUACUGGAAACAAAACUCUUGCUUUUGAAUCACAGAAACAGAUACUGCGACUUGGAGGAGAUCCCUGGGAAUGAAGCUUUAUAGCGUGUCGCGGGCAGCCAUUAUGGCCAGUCUGGCAUCGUUAUCCAAGGCCUCGCUGCCUCAAGGUCAUUCACGCCUUGCAGUAAACCGUUCCAGAUGCACUGACCUGAAGCCACUCGACAGGCUUCAGUUCGGACAUACUUUUGUCCACACAGCCGCAGCUGCCCAUGCGGCCACUUGAACGCGCCUCCACCCCCUGAGCCCACAGCCUAAGCUACUGGAACACUACCCCUCGGCAACUGCAACGCACACCGAUUGGAGACCACUUAAGCUUGGCAAACGAGCCUACAAAAACGGCUGCUACCACUCUUUCAUGGCAGGAUUGGAUGCAGCCAACAUCAGCCCUGGCUUCGCCAGCGGCCACUGCUGCCUGAGGGGACCACUCACGGUUCUGUGCACAAUAAAUCCCUCAUUUUGGCGCCUUCUGUCUUCUUCCCACAACUUGGGACUUGACCCGAUGAUGUUAGCGCACAAACAUACUCACUCUCACUGUUCAGUCAGUAUAGGCCUUAGUACGAAGAUCCAUGGUAAUAAUCGGGAGAGGGCACCCAAAAAAUACUGCCGGCCAAAGCAGCAAUCUUAUCGCAACUGUCCUAAGCUAUGCAGCCAUUGACUGAGCCGCACACUGGCGACUGCGGUAGCUCCUGACCUCUGGAAGUAAUGGUAAAAAUUGAUAAUCCAAGUGCUCGGUCAACGGCGAUCGCACUGCAAUUGUCCAUAGGUAAGCUACAAUAGAAUAAUCCGCAUAGGGACUAUUGCGGUCGCUUGCCAGCAGUGGAAGCUUAUAUUAAGGUUGUUUAACGUAGGGUGGGUCUACGGCGAUCGUUUUGCAACUGUCCAAAGGGUAUGGGGCCAUAGAUUGAGCCGCAUACCUACAGCUGCGGUAAUUCCUCGCCUGAAGAAGAAGUGGCCAUAAUGGAUAAGCCAAAAGGCCGGUCCACAGCGAUGGUAUCGCAAGUGUUUGAACGUAUGGUACUAGAGAUUAAGUCGCAUAUCGACUACUGCGCUCGCUCUUCAGUUGUGGAAGCUAAUGUCAAGGUUGGUAAACAUAAGAUUAGUCUAAAGCGAUCAUUACCCAUUUUUCCUAAGCUAUGCUGUUCUAAAGAAAGCCGAAACGGACUAAUGUCGUCGCUCGUGACCUAAGCAAGCAUAUGUGAAGGAUGGCAAACCAAUGGUCGGUCUACAGCGAUCGUUUCUCAACUCUCCUAAGGUAUACAAGGGUAGAUUUAGCCGCAACUCCACUACUGCUGUCACUCUUUAGCCGUGUAAACCUAGGUCAAGGUAGAUUAACCAUGGCUCGGUCUGCAGCGGUCGCACCUCAACUGUUGGAGACUAUGAUAAUCUAAGUGAGGCAACAUGUGCACUGCAGAUCAGAUAAAAUUGAGGUCGGAUGAAACAACAAAUAUGUAGGGUCAUAACCUACUCAAAUAGGUAUAGCAGGUAUUAUUUCUAGGCAACGGAUAUUUGGGUGCCCUGUCCCGAUUAUUACCAGAUCCAUAAGAGUACCUGAGUCGAAAUCCACCAACCGUCGUGGGGAUUAUAGUGGCCCAACCAGGGCGCAUGUUGCAACGGUGAGCCUCUCACGACUACUGAUACGUGCGCACCAAUUGCAGCCUGGUUCUCGGACAAUACCAGCUGCCCAAACUGGCCAAUCGCCUUCGAGGCUGACUCAGACAUGACCUCGCGGUCGGAUGUGGUUAUGCAGCCCAACCUCUAGUACGGGACAGGUGGCAAUAGGGGGUUUUUACAGGCCAAGUAGUUGUUUGUAAAAGAAAAGCUAUUGGGAAUGCGCGGCUGAACUUUGAAUGUCUGUGAAAUAGUUGAGCUAACCCAUAACCAUAACCUCUAAGCCCUGACCCUUAACGCCAACCCCAACAAUAUUGUGUCCAUCAAAUGGGGCUACCAAACCACAUCUUACCGACCUCGCUGAACGACUGUCUCCCUGUCUCACACGGGAAUACAGCACAGGUUCCUAAAAAAAGUCCAGGCACACGAGUUUCGCCGAUAUUCUGCGCUACAUGACACAACUGCGGGACGGUGAGCGCAUUAGUGGACUCCCCAGUGUUUCUGUGUGAGUUCUGGCGGACCCUCCGGUUUCAAAAUUUCAAAUUUUUAAAUCUACGCAAAACCUCGUGAGCGAGGAACCCACUGAUGGACCGAGCCCAUCGCAGCUGUCUUACGCAGAGGCAGAACAUCGAUGAAACAGCGCACAGGGUCUUUACUUCAGAUCCGUGCUGUUAAAAGGGUAAAAAAUGAAGGGAAAGACGUUUCACAUGAGAAAUUGGAUUGCUUCAUCUCAGAGACUUUAGAGUCCUGUGAUCAGAACACACAUUGCAUGCACAUUGUGCCUGACGCUUAAAUAACUCAUGCCGACGGUUUGUGCAAGUUGAGAGUCUCCUUUUAAAAAGGCAUCUGGCGAACAUACGUCUGCUUUCGAUAAAUUCUCUUCAGGCCUGUACAUUUAUAUGACUAUUGAAGCCGCCAAGCCAGCCACCUGCAUGUAGUUACCUUCGCCGGGAUCCACCUUCUCCCUGGCGCUGACUGGAAUUGUGGUGCUUCGCUCUCUCCCUUCCCUCCGCUCCCCAAACCCGAACUACGGCCUAAUUACCCACUUGCCAGCAUCUUUUAAUGCAUUGCUUCAAUAGCCACAUAGAUGUACAGACCUGAAGAGAAUUCAUCCAAAUCAGACGUAUGCUGGCCAAAUUGCCUUUUGAAUUUUACAGUGGGAACUUUUGCAGCUCUUAAACAGUCUCUUUUUCGUUGUGGUUUAUGUUACCUGCAACCUUUUCGACCGCAUCGACAUUUUAUUGUCUCAUUGGCCUUGCGAUCCGACUGCCUCCUUUCAAGAAGGCCUGUGAGACCGGGAAGACCCCAGGGAAGCCUAUGAGACGGUUUGCUGAACGGUCUUUUGAUAGGCAGGUUUCUUGCAGUAACCUUGACCUGCGAUCGCCGUCUCGGCCCGCAUUCUCAUUGCUCUCAAAGUCGAAGACAUGACCGGUCAGCGUUGAAUGGCUAGGCGUCUCGACUUGAGAUGCAAACGCCUAACACAAGCUCUCGGGCGAGCUUAAUUUCGGCUGGCUUGGUGGCUGGCAUGCAAAAACGAGUCUUCCUUCACCCCUAUGAGGCGCGCAGGCAGCCUGGUUUGUGUAGCAACCAGUAGUUCCUCUUAUAACGCACUGUUUUAAGUGGACACCGAGAGGAAGACAGCAGAGAAUAUAUUAGGAACGGAGGCCAGUCAUCUAACCCAAUCGUGUACCUGCCAACAAUGAUAAAGACGCCGUCUACAUGGUUUGUCCAGCACUGCGGUUUGCGCGCCCUCGAAAAUCUGCCCUUUUUCUGAUUUUAGAAGACUACCUUCGAAAGAGGCCGGGAGUCUGUUGGACCCUUAGAGUUGCCUUGAUUUGCCCGAAGAUGGUCUCAUUGAAGACGAAAAUGUCCGGAAGCAGCACCGUACAAGCUCAAUGAGUUGUAGGCUUGUCGUCGUCCACAUAGAUAGAUAGAUAAUUUUUAUUAAAGACCCGUCGGGGUCCCAUCUUAGCAACAUCGUAAACAUUUCGACCACGAGGAUCCGCGGUAUGGACACUAGGGAGGGGGAGACAUAGCAUGAUGUCAUCCUUCCAGUUGGUUCAACCAAAACUCUACCCGCUGGGCAGACCUUCGUUUGUGAGAUCGCCGCCAGGAUCCUCAGUUUCGCCUACAACCAGUCUUCAAUGAAAACGAUGGGCCGCAGGCCGUAGCUGGUUCUUUGGCCAAUUUGGUGGUUACGAUCGUAUGCUCAAUUAGCUGGACAACAAUUCGGACUGGUCUCGUCAAUAGCGACUCCGGAACAACGGCACGGCCGAUUCUCCAGGAUUCCCGGUCGCUCGGAAGUAGCAGGACUUCGUUUCAGCAGUCUGUACUGUCGAGAAAAAUGGUAGACGGGUCUUUGUCAGCAGGCAGAGGGGCAUUCCCGUCUUCUGCUUCUAACAUUUUCAGUGCCUCUCAGUUUUUCCGACGUGUCAUGAUCAUCAAGGUGACUUGGUGUCGAAGAUGGUCUUUUGAUCCGUCUCUAAUGCGGGUUUGUUUCAACAAAGUGCAUACUUAGAGAGAGGGUUGGGCUAGAUCGCAGUUGGUAGCCAGGAAUGGGGAAGCGGACGACGACCUCAACCAUAAUCCUUACCUUACCCUAAUCCUAACCUCAUGCUUAAACGUUAACCAUUAACCUUAACGGCAACCCUAACCCUAACCGAAAUCUAAACGUCACCGUAACUCUUAGACACGGCCGCAACUGAGAAACCUAACCGUAACUCUGAAACCUAUUCGAACGCUCAAACUCUAACCGUAACCCGAAAACCUAAGCCUAAGGGCAUAACCCUAACCCGAACAUCGGAAACCAUUAACCGGUACCCUAAUCCUAACCUCAAACGUAAAACGGAAGCCAAAUGGGUCAGAUGUGAUUAUGGAACUUUAAAAAAUAGCCCAGUGAACAAACACCACAGCCACCUGUAAUACGGGGCCUGGCUACCAACUACGAUCUAGCCGAGGGUUGCUCUCGGUUUUAAAAAAAGCUUGUAAUCAUAAGGUUUUUAGGACGCUGAAAUGGCCAUUUAAAGAGCAUCAUAUGUAGUUAAGGUAGCACCGGCCAAGACAAGGGAGACCGAAAUGGCCCGUUUUGGUUUCUUAGUAAAAAUCAACCGUCUAGUCCUAAUCCCAAGACACGUUGGGACGUGCACGUUCCGUGACCUGAUUAGUGAGCGCUCUCAACCGCAAUUAAUAUUAUCGAUCACGAUCGAAUGGACAACGGAAUUGUGGCCUGGUGGUAGAGUGUCAGACUUAACGACCAAAGAUUCCGGGUUCGAAUCUCAAGUGAUCCACACUUGGGGUUAGGCACGACUGGAUGAUGAGAACUAGUGAGUCAGAAAUGGCAAUUCAAAUCUCCCUUGUCUUUGUCGGCACCACCUUAUCUGCCUAUACUACUAGUCGUUAUGCGACUGCCUGCGAGGAUUCUGGUUUGAGUCCCAAGGCAUAACAAGAUAAGCACGUUUUGUGACCUGAUCGGUGAGUGCCUCUCUACCAUAACACCGUAUGUGUCCGCUUAUUAACGUUGUUUAUGAAGUAAACGAUGCGGUCUUGAUUCACUGUAAAAUUUGAUGAACCCUGUUUGACACGUUCGGAAUGGUGUAGCAAAGUGCAUGAUUUUCCUCGCACGGAAAGUGUACAGUAUGUACGUUGGAGAUCCUAAACGGAGGUGCAACCACACGUCGGGUUCAAAUUUAUUUGAAGAUUGAAGAGUUUCUCAUAACUGUAUAAUGACCUUUUCUGUAGGUUUAAAAUUUGAAGAAAAGUCAACUUGCUACGAAAUGAGCACAGGGCAUUUUACCUAUGUUUUCUAUCGAAAAUCAAUGAGGGGAAUUCGUGUUGCCUAAGUAGUCCUUUUUAUCAAGUGCAGUUUAUGUGGACGGCCGGAAAGACGUCCAUUUUAAGACCGACAUCCUGGCGUGGCUGGAGUAUUUCCAGAUUAUGCUGCACAACAAUCAAUCUUACAAGCCCACUGAAGCUGUUCUUUCUAUUCAAAAAUGCAUUUUAGAAUUUUGUUUAACAUUUCAUGAGAUAGGCCUGCAAGCAGCACGCAUUCGGCAGUUUUUUUUUGAACAAAUCAAUACUCUUAUUAUGUCCUUGGCCAUAUAAUAUGCCAAAUCAAGGCCCCCUUUUUUAGUUUGAUUCUACGGGUGCUGCAUUUGUCGUUGCGGCCGGGUUGCCCACGCCCACGGAACUCCAUGCGCCUCUGAUCGCAGAGCUGGCCUUUGAUUUGGUCCUUGCUGUAAAGAACAUAAACGCAUCCACUCCACUGCUCGCCGGGGAAGUAUCUAUCCAGAUUGGUAUGUAACAGGAAAAGUUUUUUUUUUCUCUGAAAAAUACCAAGAUGUGGACUGAAUUUAAUACUACUUAAUGUUUCACCUACUGCGAGAAGUCCAGAAAAAACCUCCCAUUUGACGACAAACGGCACUUCCAAACACUCUUGGAGAUGAAAUAAGUAGAUCCUGCUUCCGUUGUCGGAGCCAAGGGAUUUGUAACUGCCUCCAUUAGGUUGUACGGACAUUGUAGAAUGAAAUGGUCAAAGUAGGGCGGAUUUUUGAAGGAAGUUAACAUUCACUUACCUAACGUUAUCCCAAUGUUGAUAUGGUGGCUUGUUGCAGUUCCUAAAACUAUUUCCUUUUCUUUUACCAGGUUGUCACUCAGGUACUGUGCUUGCUGGUGUGAUUGAUACGGGAGUGUCUUCAUAUCAGGCAUACGGGGAAGAUAUAAUUAUUGCGCAGAGUCUGCAACAGGAGAGCGAGGUGAGUGAAGCUGAGUUUUGCCAACAGAAGCGAAGAGACGAGUCCCAGGAAGUAGUCUUGAAGAAGGAGACACAAUCACUGGGACAAGAGAUUUAUUAGCCUGAAGUUUCGGAUUCGUGCUCGAAGCCAUCAUCAGAGACAAAAGCAGAUACGGGUGGUUCAUGCACAAGGGGUUGCAGUAUUUAUAGGAUGCAGUCGCCAUGCUACUGCAUACCUAUGAACAUUCACGGCUCCCCCCUUCAUCCGGGAUCGUCGCACUUGGUUUGCUAGCAAGUACAAUGAUCUUCCGCUUCCAUACUCGGUGCUGAGACUUUGCCUAGGCGGCGUAAUUAGCCACAUGGGGAGCGCACAAGGGAAGACUUUUCCCAACACCAGGGUCGGUGAGUCGGAUGGUCGAGCAAUCAUCACACCAACAUCCAAAACACGUGAGGAAAUUGCAGCAAUUAACGACGCGAAUGUCGGCCAUCACACCAUGUGCAACGAUCCCUGCUGAAGUGGGAGCCGUGAAUAUUCAUAGGCAUGCGGUAGCAUGGCUACAGCAUCCUAUAAAUACUGCAGCCCCUUGUGCAUGAACCACUCGUAUCUGCGUCUGUCUCUGAUGAUGGCUUCGAGCAGGAAUCCGAAACGUCGGGCUACUAAAGCUCUUGUCCCAGCGAUCGUGUUUCCUUCCUCUAAAAUGAAUUUUAUUUAUUUUUGUUAUUGAGUUCCCAGUACAGCCAGUCAUCGAUCUCAUGAAAUGUUAGUUGAAAUUCCGAUUUGAUUGAAAAAAACUUCAGUGAUUUCGCAAUAUCGACUUUUGACCAGCAUAAUCUUAGGAUAAUUCAGUCACCCCAGGAUGCCUGCUUCCAAAUGCACCUCUUUUCACUCACCUAACAAAACCUGAACUCGGUAAAAAUAGCUACUUAAUUAGUGUGUGUUGUCUACUCGUUGAACCGCGAUGCUCUUAAAUACUCAAAUAUAUCUUACGGGUAACAUGGGCAAAGAUUGGCUUUUGUACUCAUUUGGUGGCAUAACACGUUUAUCUAUAGUUUUUUUUUUUUCAAAAAGGAGCAUACGUAGGUUUUAAAAAGUUAUAAUUAGGAGAGUUUCAAAACCCUGGCAUGUCCAUCCCAAAAGCAUCGUAUCUGCCAGUUUGCUUAUGUUCCUUAUGAAGUAUACAAUGUAAUCCACACUCAUUACAAAAUAUUUUUAGUGCUAUAUGAUAUUUUCUUAAUGACAUGGAGGAAGUUAUCAUGAAAAGUAUAGAGUAUCAAGAAUGCAGACCUUAAAGACAGAUUAAAUGGCAGAGCGUUCUGAAAAUUAUCUGACAGUUUGAAAACAUUUUUCAAAACUCAAAAAUGUCAUUGCCUUCAGAGCGAAAUUUUACAAUUACGUGAUUAAGUAACAAAUGCGUACAAAAACCAAUCUCGACCAUUCUUCCUACAGAGUAUAUUUGAAUAUUCAAGAGCAUCGAAAUUCGAUGAGAACCGUACUGCCUAAGAAGACAUGUAGAUGAAGGCAGGUGCAUUCAAAAGUUCGUAUCCAGAAAUGAAUGAAAUAUUAUAAGAUUAUGCUGCAUGAUAAUAAAUGUUACAACCCCACCGAAGCAAUUUAUCCUAGUCGAAAGCGUAUGUCAGAAUUUAAAUUACUAAUUCAGGAGAUCGGCCACUGCUACCUCACCGAGAGAUUGAAAGCAAAGCCCCGGGCUGCGAUAGCCUGCCAUCCCCAUUCCUUUGCUUGCCCUGAAACUACUUUGAUUUAACAUGCACCUUUCAUACGGCGUUCGCCCAUUAAAAUUUCAUCCCUCUAUUCGUCCUGCGCUCGACCAUCUUUUUUCCUUCUUCGGCUUCUUCUCUCAGGGGUUCUCCUUUCCCUCGCUGAUCUCUCUCUCUCUACCACCACUUGUUGCCUUCUUGUCACCGCUGCUGCCCCCUUCACUCCUUAUUGCUUCUCUCCUUCUCUUCCUACUCAUGCUUUCUUUACUCCGCCUUUAAGCCUUAACCUUUCAUUACCCUUUUUGCGACUUGAUUUUUCUUUUUGUCGCGAUUCCCACUGUGCUUUCGACCUUCAUGGCCACUGCCCUAUCUGCGGCUUCAACUUCCUCACUAAUUCAUUUACUCAGUGACUGCUUCUCAGAUCCUUCUUUCUACUUCCCUUCGUGCCAUCCUAAGAAUAUUCUGUCGCGUUUUGAUACUUUUUGUUUUGUUUCGGCAACGGCAGUGUAAGGACCCCAAUUUACUGUCGGCAGACUGUGAAUCCUGUCAUAGGGGAAGGGCGGUAGUGGGAGUUUUACGGGUGGGACAGCAUGCCAGACAGCAAGCUGACGAAUGCAAAAAGCACAAAAAAUUAUUUAUAUUUUUCUGCCGAAAGUCUUAUCGUGCGCUUUCGUAUGGCAGCAGAUGUGAGCGCGUUAAUUAACAAAUUUUCAAAAAAUCACGAAGUUUGACUAAUGGUUUGAGGCCAUGGGAAGCAGUUGUUGUUGGCAGUGUAAUGUCUGCUACGACUUGCAAAUGGAUGCCAAAAUAAAACCCCAAAUGACAUGAUCCACAGUCCACCGAUGGUUAAGUGAGGUCUUUCUUCCCACCAUUGCCCUUUCUCCCUCUUAGGUUUUGACGUAUUUUUCUUUCGAUUCGACGAAUUCCUCUGCUCUUUUUAGUCGUCUGUCGCCAUUCUGUGGCUAUCUUAGUUUCGCGAUACUAACCAUUAGUCAGCCGAGAAAUGGUCUAAAAAAUUUUCUUCAUGAGUUUUGACGGCAAGGAUAGGCAUUUACCAUGUUUACUGAAGACUCUUUUUAGCGCCUACAGUUUUGCUGUUGUUUCCAGAACCAGAACGCACUCAAAAAGGGCCAAUUUCUGCUCGAAGCCGAGAAGCCUUAUCAUGAAAAUUCAAACCAUAUGAAUUUUUGACGAAUCCUGCCCCUGUGGUUUGCGGAGGGAAUUUCCUACGAGGAGUUUGUGAGCCCUAAUGAAAAAUAGUUUAGAUGAUAGUGACAUGUGUAUGGUUGAGGCAGCGCGCGUACUAAACUCCACAUAAUAUAACUUUCUUACUUUAUCAUUUGUUGCCACAGAGGCAGAUACGAUUCACUCAAAAGCCAGUGGCCUGGACGAUGUACUAAGCUCCCUCUAAACGAUCUUUAUGCGUAGCUUAAAUUAGGCGUAGGCUCGCACGCCUAACGGACGAGUGGCCUUACCCAUGAGUUUAAAAGUUAAAAUCUGUUGUGACAACAACUGAUACGAUAACGAAGCAUGGUACCUUUACUGGUUUCUUCGGCCCUAAAAGGCACAUCUAUCUCUCACUUUUUCCGCAGCCACAGCGAAUCCUAGUCAGUGAGGCAACACAGGCGAAACUGGCGGAGUUUGAGGUUUACGAACUGAAACCCCGUCGAGAAGAUGGCCCGGUAAGAUGGAUACUUGCAAACAUACUUGUGCCCAGUUUUUUUGCCUUAACCCCCGUUUGCUUUUGUAAACCUGAGUCACACAUUCGCCCACGACCGAAAUCGACCAGUUCCAAAACUUCUGACGGGGGUUCGAAUGCCAGAUAUCCCCGGCAUAUAUAUAUAUAUAUGUAUUGAAACGUAGGCAUCCCAAGAAAUAUAAGUUGAAGUUAAAGGCGUUCUUUAGGAAAAUGAACUUUAUUGCGUAAAUUUUCGACGGCGGUUCCCCAGGUCGUCGUCAGACGCAGACUGAGAGUAAAUGUGCCGACAACAGUUAACAUCUGGCCCAUUUACUCUCAGUCUGCGUCUGACGACAACCUGGGGAACUGGCGUCGAAAAUUUACGCAAUAAAGUUCAUUUUCCCAAAGAAUGCCUUUAACUUCAACAUAUAUAUAUGUAUAGGCAGAAUGGUAUUACCGACAAAGACAAAGGAGACUGGAAUGGCCAUUUCUGGCUUAUUAGCCGUCGUCAGCCAGCCAUAGCCAAGCCCGAAGUGUGGAACACCCGAGCCUCGAACUCGCGACCUGUUGGUUUAGAAGUUCACGCCUCUGCCCACCGGGCCACGAGCCCGUUGCCCUGUCGGUUUUCGAUCGGGAAUAUACAAUGGGAGGGGGCGCUCACCGAUCGUUCUUACGGAACUCACUCGUUCCGUUGUGCCUUAAGGGCUCUCUCUCGAGCACAACCAGCAGCCGCACAGCGGCGCAUGAUAUAGGCAGAAUGAUAUUACCGACAAAGACAAGGGAGACUGAAAUGGCCAUUUCUGGCUUAUUAGCGGCCAUCAGCCAGUCAUACUCAACCCAAAGUGCGGAUAACCUGAGAUUCGAAUCUGGGAUCUUUGGUCAUGGAGUUUGACACUCUACCAUUGAGCCACGGUCCCGUUGUCCUGCCGGUUAUGAUCGGGAAUGUCAGUUUUGACAGUGGACGCUCACCGAUCAGGUUACGGAACAUGCUCGUUCCGCUUUGCCAUUCCGGUCUCCCUUGUCUUUGUCGGCUCCAUCUCAUCUAUGUCUACUACUAGUCGCUGUGCGACUGCCUGCGAGGGUUCUUGUAUGAACCUUAAAGGCACAAUGGAACGACCAUGUUGCGUAACCUGAUCGGUGAGCUGCCAUUGUCAUAUAUAUAUAUGUCUAUGCAGUAUGUUAUUACUGAGAGAGAGCCGGUAAGGCACAACGGAACGAGUGAGUUUUGUAAGUACGAUCGGUGAGCGCCCCCACCAUUAUGUAUAUAAAUAUAAAUAUGAAGAGAGAGGGGCUUGUCAGAAAAAGUCAUGUAUAUAUAUAUAUAUAACGUUAAUAUUUUAUGUUCUUAUAUCAAUGCAUUUUUAUUCCUGUUGAUAGAUCAAAGGCAAGACGAAAACUUUCUGGCUGGAGGCUCGACUUGCAGCUUCACAUUCAAAAGCGGUUGCAAAGUUCGACAAAAAGCUUUCCAAGGAGAGGAAGAGAUUGGCAGAUCAAUAGGUUCCUUUAGCUCCAUUGCAAUGGUUUAGCCUGCGGACAUGUCUCAUUGAUUUAGAAACUCACUUUUACAUGUGCUUUUGACACUCUUCUCUUUUCUUGACCUUUGCUCCAAUCUUUCACUCCCUUCGUCCACAUUCGCCAUCAGAUAUUAGCCUGCACGCUUUUAAGCUUCCACUCCGCGUUCGCACUCGAGCCAGCAUUAAAAAGUGCACCUUAAGUACUGGUCUUUCUUUACCAAUUAUUCAAGCGCAAACAGAUUGGGUUUUGGGCCACGUCAUGAAGCUGAGCUUUCUUAUUUUUGCAAAUAGACGGUCGUCCGGGUUGCUUCAAUGGGCAGCACACGCAGGCUUACCCUGUACUACAGUCAUUGACCGAUCCCAUGAUAUGUUAACCAAAAUUUUGAAAUACCUUUUCGACUAGGAAGGAUUAGUUAAGUAGGGUUUCAGUACUGGCUAUAGUGCUACGUAAUCCGCGAUAUUCCAGACGCAUCAAGGUGUUGGCUUUUGAAUCCACUUCUUUUCGGCUGCUGUAGGAAGUGCAAGCGGUAAAAAAGAUCGCUUAACUAAUGUUCAUUUUCUUCGAUCUCCUUGUAAAUCCAAAUAUGUUUCCCCACGUAGUAUACUAUCAGGACUGGUAUUUUUGGUUCUGAAAAGUUUUUAGUAAUGAGAAUGUUUAAUGCCGUGCAAUGUCCAUUCGGAUAGCCUCGUACCUUUCCGCUAAAUGAUACUCCCCUUUAAGUAUACAAGAUAGUCCGCAUCAGUUGCAACAUUUUAUGAGCCCCAUAUGGUAUAUUCCGAGUAGUAUAAAACAAGGUACGUGUUUCUGUAUGGGGAAAGUACACAGCUUGUAGACUCAAAACCCUAGACAAAAAUGCAACGGAAUAUUGACUUAAAAAUCAUGCGAAAACAGAAGAAAGUUUUAAAAACCGAAAGGUACCAUUUCUUCGAAUAAAAAAUAAAGAAGAGUUGUGAAAAUUCCCAUAGCAGUAAUCAGAAGACGAGGUGGCGAGCAUACGUAGCUUUUGACAAAUUCUUGUCAGGCCAGUACACUUAUAUGGGAACGGGGUAGAAGUAAAACAUGCCAGCGACAAGAGAACUCGAUAAAAGUUCGCCUUAAAACACAGGCGGCGUGUGGGAAUGUGGGGGAAGGGGGGGUUUAUAGGGUUCAGUGUCAGGGGCGGGGUGAGAGCGGAAGGGCGCGGAAUGUUGCUGCGUUAGUCCACCUUCGAACACUGUAGGCGCGGAGCCUGAACGUGGUUCUUCUGUGCGCAUAAGAUUGGCUUUCGUGACCUAAUGGCGGCCGGUUCCGCUGUCGCUAACAGGCGCUGGCCUAGUAGCUUAGGGUAGCUCGAUGGGACCUUAUAAAUUACACAGAAAGCCUUGUUGGGGUCCACACGAUGUCCGGAAUCGACAACAUGCGCGAGAAUGGCGCUGCUUAUGCUCCUCGUUUCGCCUUUUCCCAGCCAUGCCGGGAGGUGUUCCCGUAUUCUCUUGGAUAAACGCCGACUCGUGCGACCAAUAUAACCUGCUCCACAGGAACAACUGAAGGAAUAAAUGCACAUUGAGGUGGUCUGCGAUGGCAACCUAUCCUUACCUUCUCCGCGUAAAAUAGGGUUAGUUGAGAAUGAUAUUUGAACCCUUGCUGCUGGGGAGGUUCGCGAGACAGUUCGAUCAAGGUGUCUCCUUAGGAGUUCACUCGCAAUAUCCCCUUGAAAAUGGAGGCUGAGGAACAUAGUUUUCUUUUCGGCGGUCGUUGUGGUGGGUCUUACCGGUUUCGUACGCCUCCAACAUAAACGAAAUCUAGUCCGGUGUUUGGCACAAAGAGUUAAAAUACUUUGGGUCAGAUGUGGUUAUGUGGCCUCACCUGAAGUAAGCAAACCCCAGCCACCUUUAAUAUGGGGCCGGUGGUAAUAGGAGUUUUUACGGGUGGGGCCAGGGAACGCACAGGCGACGAGGUCAAGUAGUUGUAUGCAAAAGAAAAGCUAUUAGGAAAACGCGGUUGUCCUUCGGGUGGUUGAGAAAUAGUUGCCCUAACCCCUGACCCUAAUCCCUAACCCUAACCUCUGACGCCUACCCUUAACCCUAACCCCUGACCCUUACACUUAACUCUAACCCCUAGCCCCAACUCCAACAGUAUUGUGUUCAUCAGGUGAAGCUACGUAACCACAUCUUACGAAAAUUUGUUCAACAGGUAGCAUCGAGGAAGAGCCUAAAAUAUCCAGGACUUGCUUCGGGAAAUCAAGUAUCCCGACAGGUGUAUUGCAAAGGAAAUUGCCGAACGACCGGUAAUCGACUUCUCUAAUGACGGACAUGUUUUUGCUUCCGCCCUGUUCCCAUAUAGUUGUGCUGGCCCGAGAGGAAUUUAUCGGAAGCUACGUAUGCUCGCCACCUCAUCCUCUGAUUAUUGCUAUGGGAAUUUUUGUAUCUCUUCGUCUUUACUUGAAGGAGAUCGUGUUUUUGUCGAGGAGCAGGGUUUUAAGCAUAUCAAAAGAAGGAAGCCACUGAUUGGAAGAGUUGUACUUGUGUUUUGACCUCCAGACAGUGAGCUCUGCCACCCGUUCUUAGAGGGAGGAGUGUCCUGUGCAAGGGCGUGCGGAUUGCACAAGCGUUGAUUCCGAAGUGUAGGUCAUCAUUGGCGACCGCUGGUGCUAACUUAAGCCCUGUUUUUCCAUGAUCACUAUCGUUGCCAUACUCGUUGACCGCGACAGCAAGUGGUGGUCGGUUGAAUGGGUCCUUGAAGACAGGUCGUUGGAUCAACUACCUGAAACAUCAGAGUUGGCGAACGCCUCUCAUACUUUUUGCAUCGUUUCAGGAAAAAAGCACACUUUAGCACUUACUGCAAGCGUGCUGGCAGGGCUGUCCGCAUAUUACUGGAGCUGGAUUUCAAUCGGUUUUGUCUGAUUUUUUGAACGCAUUACUUGAUCAUCAUCACGUUUAGCAGACGCAGUGAUGCGUGUACUGAAACAAUGGUUUCUUGCAAAGCAUCAUCAUUUGGAAAAUACGAACCAGACUAAAGGAGACGCCUCCUGCAGGUGAAAUCAUGAAAAGGAGAGAAUACGAUGACGUCUCAGUUUAAAAAUACCUCACUGCGAAGAUACCACCACCUUCAAGCCUCCUACUAACAUGUCCGAGCGACAGAAUCGUUAUCCGGAGAUGUCAUUCUGACAGGGCCUAUAAGUUUGAGCCGGCCAUGGAGGUGAGAUAAACGAUUGUGAACGACUCCUUCCGCAAGCUUGCUCACAACCGUAGUUAAGCCGUCCGAAUCGUGGUUCCCAGGCAGUCAUUUAGAUAAUUUCUUAGCGAAUGAGUUGGCAAGGUCUUAUCUCCAGGAAAUUUGGAAGCUGGCUCCUCUAUGGCUGACGAUGAACAUACCACCUUGGGGCUGACCCAGCCACAGAGAACUUUUACAGGAGGGUUAGGUGAAGGCAACUCUGUCCUAGGAUCAGUUCGACUGCAUGGGGGUAACCACACUCAACUCCCGUUGGUCCAUGUUAUGUCCCGACAGGUGGAUGAGAGAGGGAGGAGGGAUCCGGAAACUAAGCCGGGUAAGAUGUGGUUGUGUAUCCCACUUGAUGCACACAAUACUGUUGGGGUUAGGGUUUAGGGUCAGGGGUUAGAGUUAGGGGUUAGAGCAACUAUUUCUCAACCACCCAAAGUACGACCGCGAAUUUCCAAUAGCUUUUCUUUUGAAUACAACUACCUGACCUCGUCGACUGUGCGUUACCUGGCCCCUACCUGUAAAAACCCCGAUUACCACCGGUCACGUAUUACAGGUGACUCUGGUUAGUUUGCGUCAGGUGGGACUACAUAACCACAUCUGACCUCUGUCCGGUCAAACGCGCGAAAACACACCGUAUUUAUUCUACUUCCAGCGAUUCCACAAGUGUCUGGUUGGGAGUUCGUAAAUUGACUAUUUUUUACACGACAACCUACUCAAGGAAAAAUCGCGUAGGUUCGUGUGGUAAAUUGCUGGGCUGCACGCGUGAACGAGGGUACCACGCCUCCCCGCUGAUCCGGCACGCGCUGAUUGGCUAGUUUAUUUCACAUGUACAUUUCGUGACUGGCUUGGCCCGGUGUGCCAGGCAUGAUCGCAUUUUAUUUUCGCUCUAGAUCGUAAUUCCAUUCUAUUUUCAUCCUCCAUGACAGUCCAGUUGUUAGAUUUUGCCGACAGCAUACGUCCUCGGACGUCUGCAAGGAAAGAUGGAGUCUGAUGCUGUGACCGGUGACGCGGGCCUUUUAAGGCAAAAGUUACGUGUCAGCUGUUCUUCCGAUGCUUUCACAUACACUCUUGGCGUCCUUUUGUCUGAGCUCUGCCCGGGAUAAGUAACUUGUUCUUCUAACGGACCAGACUUCAUCCAAUUAGGGCGCGAACUCCACUCAUCUUUUUCGAUAUAUAAGAGAGUUACCGAACGAUGCCUGUUUACCGUUUAGCUACCAGAGUUUUCCCUUCUUUGAAAGACGCCUCUUAGUUUUGCACAUUAUUUAUGGGAAUGGCGAGGCAUUUUAGUUGUGUGUAUACAUCCACGACGUCUAUGGUUCGCGUGAUUACACUCCAAAUAGCUUCUGCACCAGACCUCUCCUUCAAAUUUAUAUUCGGAAAACCAUAUUUGCUAGAAUAUUAAUGUUUGCGUGUCAAUACAAUUUGGCAUUUUUUUUACCGAGGGGGCCUGAGGGGUUUGACUUGACAAUACAUGGCCUUAUAGGGUCGUUUCAGUACCGAAGGCUCCACAAAAAUAAUAGCAACAAGUAACAAGUGCACCGAGUCGACACAGGACUCAGAAAAAAUCGGGCGAAGUCAUGUCAGGAAGAUUACUGGUUGGGUUCAAGAUUUUACUCUUCACAAAGUCAGCCAUUUGGUGAUUUUCUUGCUGCUCACGGGAGGGUUAGUUUUUGCUGACCACCUUGGUGGCUUCCUGCGUUCCGUUGUUCUGCAUCACUCUGUCUUGCCGUUGGGUCAAUGUCCCCACUUUAUUCUUAUGGGGUUCGCCAACGUCAUUCGUCCUCGGAUUUCUAUUGGCUAUUUCGCUGCCUUGAUCUCUGAACUUGGUGUCUUAUUGUGUAGGCGCUAUGUUUAGCUUCCUGCGGUUCUUUGGUGUUAAAUUUCGUUAGUAUUCAAUUUCCGGGGUCGCCUUCAAGGUCACACACGGAUUUAUUUGAACCUAUUCACGAAAUCAGAGCACUUUCCCAAAACGUCAUCCUUUUCACCGCUUUCUUUCCCAUCCAUUAGACCGGUCACGUAAGACACGGUGACCUAUCGUCCGCAUUCUGGAUGGGGUCGCAUAUUGUGUCGUUGCCCAGUCUAGCUCCUGAAGUUGAUUAGGUGUCUUUCCAAGUGCUUGUGUCCACUUCGUGCUAGAGACACAGGCAGCUGUACUAAGCAACUAAUCAGCCUGGAAUCAGUCAGCAUUUUGGCCCGAUUGUUCAAAUUAGCUAUAUUAUCGCCGGAAACAUGCUCCAGGGAGACGUUAGGGAAGUAGCGAAAAUGUGCAUAUGUUAGUUUCUCAUAAAACUUGCUCCGCCAUCACCACAAUGAUGUUGGAGUUGCCAGAAUGCGCAAGCCACUGGCGGGGCUGAUAAAGAGCCUGUUGAUGGUUUCCUCGUAGACUGCAGAUGAGCGGUUGAGGACGCACGGUCCCACGGUUCGGAAUCUGCGAUUCCUCCACCAGUAGGGUUGCUUUAAUUGAGCAGAUGAGCUGUGUAGUCCCGGUUCUAUGAGGACCAUAGACUGCGCAGAUGGACGCAAAGAAGUUUGAUAUUUUACAAUAGUCUGCGUAUCCAUGGGUUCCAUCCGAUAUGUUAACCAACGAAUUGCUUUGUAUUUCCCUCAGGCUUUGUCGGAGUUGACGACGGUAGUGAAAGGUUACGACUGUUUCAAGGAUAAGGCCUUUGAAAUGUUGGGCCCCUGGAGUCGUUGCAUUUCGUUACUGGUGUUGCCAUUGGACUCGUCCUGACCUUUUUGAAGUGAAGACCAGGCACCCAUUCUCAGGUAUCGUGGGGGUUGUAUCUACUCAGACACUGAACUCGCUGAGGAGAAUCAGUUUGCUCACUUCCAACACAGACGCAAAGAGGGUGCGCAGCUCCUCACAGGCCUGACGAUGGCGAAGGUGGCUUCAACAUCGCCCCACUUUCUCUAGUAACGGUUGCUCAAGAAGGUGUAACCCACAUCAGCCUCGUUCAGCCGUCCAGGUUCUGAGAAACAGGCCUUGUUUCGUACGGCGAUGUCCGUGCUGAAGUGAGCCAGUUUUCACAUGACCAAAGCGGUCCGCCCAUCUAGUCGCCCAUUCACUGACCAAUCUACAAUAGAAAGGAAAUUCCAGUUUUGUAAGUUUGUUAACUCCGGGGAGAGGGGACUGUGCAGGGAAUGGGGACGAGGCUUCUUCCUUUGAUUAUUAUUUCAAUCAUUUUGUAGCAGCCGCUCAAGUCCCCCGUUUCUCCGUCUCCCUUUUGUCGGUCGAUGGCCGCGACAAUUGUUGCCACCGAUAAAACACCGUAGAACACGGUGACCUAUCGUCCGCAUUCUGGAUGGGAUCGCAUAUUGUGUCGUUGCCCAGUCGAGCCCCUGAAGUUGGUUAAAUGUCUUUUCUAGGGCUUGUGUCCACUUCGUGCUAGAGACACAGUCAGCUGUACUAACUAAUUAAUCAGUCUAGAAUCAGUCAGCAUUUUGGCCCGAUUGUUCUGGUUAGCUAGAUUAUCGCCGGGAACAUCCUCCAGGGAGAUUUCAGAGGAGUAGCGAAGAUGUGCAUUUGUUAGUUUCUCAUAAAACGUGCUCCGCCAUCAUCACAGUGAUGCUGAAGUUGCACGAACAACGGAAGUUCGACCAGAAAAUGUGCAAGCCACUGGCGUGGCUGAUAUAGAGCAAAAUUACGUCAAACGAGAGACUGCAUACCAUGGACUCGUUGACACAAAUCCGGCUAUCCAGUUCUGCCGAAUCCUUGGCAGCUUUGCCAUAAAAUCCGGAACACCCUCAGUGCCAGAGUAGAAUGGUAGUAUUUAAAAUACUUCCUGCAGCACAGUUUCGCAUAUCGUUUUUUAUCUGCCCAUGCGGACGGAAUGCCGAUGAAAAUGUUAAGACGGCGUUCUAUGCCCUCCUUGAUGACGAAGUUGCGUCAACGUAAACUCCAGAGGAAAAAAUACAAAGGAAGGCAUUUGCGAAUAGCCUUUCAAUGAUGUUAUGAAACACUGGAAAACUGUUUUGGAAUAUGCACUCAGAAUGUAGACAGUUGAAAAGCCGUCAUAUAUGAAGUCAAACUACUUAUUAGACGAUAAUUAGAUGUUAACUUCACUAAAACAAUGUAUGAGAAUACAUUCUAUACAUCUAAAAACGAACUUUAAUUAAUUAGAGCCAUUUUUGACGUUUCCGGGAUAUUGCGCUUUUCAAAACAAAUCGGAUUUGCUAAAUAACGCAACACUGCCCUUAUGUUUCUUUAAUGUUUUUAAUUAUUUUAAACUUGUACUUAAUUAACAUAGACAUUGGACUCAUGAAAUGGUGUGGGUUUGCGAGUGACUGGCAAUCAUUCGUACAUUUCAACACAUUUCAUCAGUUAGGUCACUAACUGUACGUUACUGCUGAAAUAUGAAAGUUAUCGUACAAUAGGUGUUAUGCUGUGUGGCGAAAAUGUGGGCGUGUAAAUAUUCACGAUCUGAAGGCAACUGAAGAGGUCACUGGGGCGGCGUAAUAAGCCUGAUGCAAUAUUGAAUCUGGCUGACGGUUAGUAUGAAUAAAAUCUAGUAAAAGUCCUCUCGUUUGGCACCACUUCCGAACUCAUCCUUCGAGUCGCAGUCCACGCCGGAUAACAAGACAUCGUAGGAAAAGUAGUUCAGAUUUGAUUACUUUUUGUACCCUACUUUUUGUAAUAAAAUCCCCUAAACAGGACUGUUGACAAGACUUCCGCGUAAAGUAAACUCAGUGGUGGGGGGGGGGGGCGAAGAGUUAGUGAGCUAAUGGCUCUCGAAUGCUUACACGCUGAGGGGGUUGUUACUGUCGUAUAGCGCCGCAUCGCGACUUUUCGCUGUUGUUUCCAUACCGAAGUCAGUUAUUAAUUGGCCAUACUUAUCGCGACUUUUGCACGACGAAUUGCUGUCGGCUCGAUGUGGAAUUGCUGCUGGGGGGUGUACUUGUUUACACGAACUUCAAAACUCUGCGUACGGAUAAAAAACCCGCAGUUACUGCAUCGAAAGUGAGGCUGUCGGAGCCAACAGCUGAGGCGUGCAGUGGCUGAAUAUCGGCGAAACACUUGUCUGAGUUUUAAGUAGUACCUGCGCUGUUAGUAUGGCAGCAGCUUACCUACAUUACUGGCGGCCUGUCGUCUCUUUACGAGCAGUACGCGAUUAUCCCACAGGAACUGAUGGAUUUGGACUCAGUCAUUCAUACCAACGUCCGGACAGUGUCCAUAAGGUUUCAUUGAGAUUGAUUAAAUCCAUAUUAGCGCAAUAGUUUCUAAAGGAGGUAAAAAAGCUAGGGAUUUCAAAACUAGAGCGGGUACCAAAAAGUGCACGGGGAACGCUGGGAGACCCACUGAUGCGCCCUCCCCCCUCUCAGCCGUCAUACAGUAGCAGAAUAUCGAUUAAAAAAGUGUCCGGACAUUUAGCUAGUGCUCACGCUGUCACCAUGGUAACAUCAUACAACAACAUGUAAUCUAAUACAGUAAGUGGGUUAACUCAUGAAGUGCCAACCGAAAUUCCGAAAUGCGUUUUCGUUUCGGAAAUAUUAAUUAAGUAGGGUUGUAGAAUUAAUCAUCUUGCAAUGCAAUUCUACAAUAUUUCAGUUACCUCAGGAUUUUGACUUUUGAGCGAACUUCCAUUCGGUCGCAUGCACAAACUGUACUCUGUAAACAAUGACUCUUUGAGUAGCAUGGAUUCUCCCAUUCAUUUUCGGUGCCCUUGAAAAUUCAAUAAUAUGUCAUGGAGAGCAUGCAUAAAGACAUUUAUUCUUUUGCUCUUUCGGUAGAAAAUGACGUUUUCUUCCAAAUAUGUACUCAAAGGAAGGGUAUGAUUCGGUUUUUAAAACGUUUCCUAUUCUCGAAUAAUUUGAACCCGACCUGCCGUUACGUCUGCAUUCAGGGUUUCCAAACUACAAGCCGUAUCUUUUCUGUGUACAGAAAGCCAUACAUUUAUCUCGAUAUUAAAAGGAGAUUAUAUGGAGUUCAUAAAAUUUAGCAGUGUACUUGAGGCAUGUUGUUAUCUUUGCAAGGCACAUUGUUCAAUACAGAGACAUGACAUUUUAUGAACAGCCAUUUCGCAGCAUUAAAAAAUCUCAUAAGUAGAAACUUUUUAAAACCGAACUAUGCUCUUCCUUCGAGUAAAAAAUGGAAGAAAACGGAAUUUUAUACUGAAUGAACGCAAGAAUAAAUAUCUUUAUGCAUGUUUGCCACGAAAUAUAAUCUAAUUUUCAGGGCAUCGAAAAGCAAUGAGAAAAACGCAUGCAACGUAAGUAGUCAUUUUUUACAGAGUAUACUUUUUGCAUGCGGCCGGAAAGAAGUUCGUUCGAAAGCCGAAAUCCUGAGGCAACAGAAAUAUUAUAAAAUUUUGUUGCAGGCUGACUAGUUUUACAACCCUACUUUAUUAAUCUUUUCGAAGCUAAAACGCAUUUCGGAAUUCCGGUUGAUAUUUCAUGUGUUAAUCCACCCACUGUACAUCUCUGGAGUACACACGAAUCUACCCUCCAAUGAACGGAAACAAUAUCACCCGGUCAUUGACGCCAGCCAACUGAGGAGGAAUAAAUGACGGCGUGGAUAGGAAUCGUGUUAAGAGUUAUGCUUAUGCGGAAUUUCCUUCUGCGCCAAAACAGAACACCUUUUUAUGCAUAUAAGUCAGACUGCUUUCAGCUGCCGAUAUCUUUGCACGCAAAAACCACCGCUCUUCAGAGAGAGCGCUAACUGACACAAUAUCUAGUGAGAAAAUAUGUUUGUCAAGACAAAAAAGUACUGCAAGAAGGCGAAACUCAGAGGAUUGAAACCGCCCGCCAAAACGCCGUAGUUCGACAAACCCUGAUUCCGAAGCAACCUUUAGGUCUUCAUAUGGACAAAAGGUAAUGUCAGUCGCAGUUUCUAGGUGCUGUUCGUUUUUGUUUUGUUUGGAUGCAAAAACAAGGGCAGGUAUGUUAGCUGCAGAGCCACACAGCGGGCCUGCAUGCCAACCCUAGAGGCCUCUCGGGUGUACUGCCAGUUUACUUGCUAGUUAAGGGGUCCCCGACGUUGCGCCGUAUUCCGCUCUCAGUAGGACAUGACUGUUAUACAGUAGGUGGACUAACUCAUAAAAUGUCAGCAGAAAUUCCGAAAUGUGUAUUUGUUUCGAAAAGAUUUAUUAAAUACGGUUUUAACACUAAUCAGCCUGUAGUAUAAUUCUAUAAUAAUUCAGUUACCUCAAGAUUCCGGCUUUCAAAAGAACUUCUUUCCGGUUGCAUACAAAAACUACACUCUGAAAAAAAUGACUACUUAUUUAUCCAUAUUGACCCAACUGUGAAAAACUCGGCGCCUCGGUGGGAUUCGAACCCACGCAGUAAGGGGAAGGCUUUAGCGCUAAAGGCUUCGCUAAAGCCUUCCCCUUACUGCGUGGGUUCGAAUCCCACCGAGGCGCCGAGUUUUUCACAGUUGGAUCAAUAUGAAUUAUUCAAAAUCUGCCAAAAUGUCAAUACUUAUUUAUGAUCCAUUUUUCUCAUUGAUUCUCGAUGCCACUAAGGGUUCAAUUAUAUUUCACGGAAACAUGCAUAAAAUCAUUUCUUCUUCCGCGCAUUCGGUAGAAAACUACGUCUUCUUUCAAUCUCACACUCGAAGGUAGGGUAUUAUUCGGUUUUCUAAAACUUUACUAAUUCCUGAAUAAUUUUGAAAUUGACCUGCCGUUACACUUGCAUUCAGGGUUUCCAAACUACAAGCCAUGUAGUUUCUGCGUGUGGAAAACCACAUAUUUCUCUACGAUAUUGAGAGGAUACCAUAUCGGGUCCAAAAAAUUAAGCAUUGGAUUUGAUCUUUAUUGUUAACUUUACAAGCACACUGACAAAUCCAGAAACAUGAAGUUUCAUGAACGGCCAUCUCAGGAUAUUUAAAAGUCUCACAAUUAGAAACUUCUUUCAAACCGAAUUAUGUCCCUCCUUCGAGUAUUAAAUUGGAAGAAGACGUCAUUUUCUACCGAAUGAGUGACAGAAUGAAUAAUUUUAUUCAUGUUUUCCAUGGAAUCUAAUUGAACUUUUAGAGACAUCGAAAAUCAAUGAUAAAAAUACAUGCCAAAUAAGUAGUCAUUUUUUCUACAGAGUAUAAUUUUUGUGUGCAGCCGGAAGGAAGUUCGUUCGAAAGCCAGCAUCCUGAGCUAACUGAAUUAUUAUAGAAUUAUACUGCAGACUGAUUAGUUUCACAACCCUACUUAACUAAUCCCUUCGACAGGAAAACGCAUUUCGGUCGACAUUUCAUGAGUUAGCCCACCAACUGUAAGUAGCCACUAUAUUAUGGCUGGCCUUGUGGCCAGCUCGAGGGCAUUAGUGUUAGGGCUAGAAUGAGAAGGAUUAUUGCUAACGCUAGUUAUAAAAGAGGCAUGUGUUCCUCCCUGGAAUUUGGCGCAAGGCUACCUGUAGUACGGGGGCACGUAUGCCGUGUAUAUCCCCGCGCUCUCAACCUCUCUCUCAGGGGCAGUUUAAUGUCCAAAGUAUGCACGCUCCGAUAAGGAACCGGUGUGCCCUGGGUUUUUUUUGAAGUCGAUUUGUAGGCUGUACUGACUGAAAUCUUCGAAAAAAUAAUCGGCAUGCUGUUGUUCAACCAAGAGAUCUGGUUUUCCUGGCGCCGGGUUGAAAACGCAUAUCGACCGCAGUGGCCGCUGAAAAACAAAUCAUUAUGACACCCGUUUGUGACAAACGGCGAUGAAAGCGCUGAACACUCGUCACUUUUGACAUUUGUGCACUUUCCACUAAAAAGGAUUCGCGCACUUUAUUGUUGUGCAACGGCAGUUGAUCGUGCUGUUAGCUCGGUUUGUGGAAGUCAGAGAACAGCUCUAUCGAUUGUUUAAGGGACCGAUAAUGCCACCUGACUGUCGCUGUUGAAAUUGUUUAUGGUGUCACCUACGUGUAUGGUUUCGGAUAGGUGUUGGCGUUUAUCAGUUUGUCACCAGGUCUAGGCUCAGGCCUCAGAGUAUGGACUUCGAGAGGUCGGUGUCUCGAAGCUGUUCCUAGAGAAAGUUGCCCAUUCUGUAAGUUUUGCAAUUUUAGACAAUCCACAAUGCAAAUAUACAUACAGUGCAUGACCGAUCUCAUGUUGGCUGAAAUUCUGAAAUGCGUUUUCGAUUAGGAGGGAUUACUUGAGUGGGAUUAUAAUAUUGCUCAUCAUGUGACAUAAUCCUAUAGUAUUUCGGACUCGCCAGGAUUUCGGCUUUUGAAUGCACUUCUUUUCGACCUCAUAUGGAGACUGUACGCGGUAAACAAUGACUGCUUAAGUGGCAUGCAUUUUUCGCACUGAUUUUUGAUGGUCUUAUAAAUGCAAAUAUAUUUUAUAGAAUAAUGAACAUAAUAUGCUUCCGUUUAUUCUUUUGGUAGAAAAUUACCUUAUGUUUACGUUUUAUACUAAAGGAAAUGGUGUCUUUCGAUUUUAAAAAGUUUCUAAUUACAAAACGUUUAAGACCGUGAAAUGUCCAUACGUACAGCACCUCACAUGCCCGUUUACCAGCGCCCCUCAUGAAACAUGCAACAUAGUCAGCAUCCAUUACAAAAUUUCAAUGAACUUCACAUUUUAUCUACUUAAAGGCACAUAGAAAUAUAUGAUUUUUCUUACGCGGAUAGCAUUUACCUCGUAGAAUGGAAUUGCUAAAUGCUAAUGCAACGGUUGAUCUGGCUCAAAAUAAUUCGCUAAUUCGUAUACUUUUUUAAACCUGAAUAUACGAUUUCUUCGAGUAUAAGACGUGAAGAUAAUGUGAUUUUCUACCAAAAGAAUAAACGAAAGCGUAUUUUGUGCAUUUUUCUAUAAAGUAUAUUUGCAUUUAUAGGACUAUCGAAAAUCAAUGCGAAAAAUGCAUGCCACAUAAGUAGCCAUUUUUUAUCGAGCGUGGUUUCUGCAGAAGGUAGAAAAGAAGUGCAUUCUAAAUCCAACGUCCUGACGAGUCCGAAAUACUAUAGGAUUAUGUUUCACGAUAAAAAAAAUAUUACAAUCCUAUCUAAGUAAUCCUUCCUAAUCAAAAACACAUUUCAGAAUUUCGGUCAACAUUGCAUGAGAUCGGUCACGCACUGUGUAUGUGUCGGCCAUUCGUCCACCGACAGGGAAUGCGGGCAGAUUGAUACAAAACUGUUUCGGGAUUGUUUGCCUAUAUUCGCCUAGUCAUAACCCUUACCACCAGCUGGGACUGGAAACACAAACAUGCGCACAGACGCACCUGGCGCAGUUGGUCCACCGCUGGGGUCUACCAGAUGGGUCAUAAGCAUUGCAUCGAAUCGAAGUUCAUCAGCGCCUCGCCACCUGUCACUCUCUGUCGCUGCACAAACAGGCAAACAACUACCAGGCCGAAGUCGACCACUUCAUAAUAGCAGCGAUGAAGCCCGACAGAAAAUGAAGUUAGAUUCAUACAGUACUGCUUCGGGCUCAUUUUACCUUCAUCCAGUCAAUCAUAACCUUGACCAGAAGCUGGGAAGGGGAACUUAAACAGGUGCUGAUGGACUUCGGUCCGAUUGAGUGCCUAUGAUCCAUCUGUUAGACUCCCUCUGUGGGCCAACGGCGCCAUACGCAACUGCAGGUAUGAAUCACGCAAAACUUGGGUCCUGGGUUUUUGCUUAUUUAUUAUAACGCCCUAUAAUUGAACACGGGGCCUGUCGUCCCAUCGGCUGCGAGUGGAGCCACUAAUUGUGAUACUGUGAAAGCCAAACUGUCAUGCCAUAUACACAGAUAUUUUAUUAACUAAGCCCUCCUCAUCCAACCAUACCCAGCAUCAGACACUGGUAAUUGAGCGACGGGUCCGUUGUCUUUUCGUGCUGCUCGAGAAAACUGACUGUGGUUGAAUUUCCUACACCUUCUGGGAUGCAAAAUGCACUCGUGUUGUUGUUUCUUGGGCCUCUUUCUGGUGCUGAUAACGGAAGAUAAGCCAGAAAUUGUUACCCCAGCCUCUCUUUUCUUUGUUAGCUAUCCUCCAUCCACCCAGUGUUAUCUGAUUCUCACAAGGUUUCCUAGUUGCUCCAAUGUACUUGUUUGCCUUUCGUUUUCGAUUCCGUGUGUCGUGAAUUACUUAUUUCUUCCAGAAGAGUAGUUAAACCCUUUUGCGCCAUUUCAGUACUUACCAUACUAUGUGUGCUGCAAGGAUCUCUGGUUGCAUUCUGUUUUACUGUGUCUCAGUUACAACACAAACGCUAUGCUUCCUCAAUAUUUCUGAAUGGUUUCUGUUGUCGAACACGUACGCCUGACGUAUUUAUUCCCUCAAGAAUACCUGUCCCUCUCAUAAACAACAAUAAUAAGACAGUUAAAUUUACCUUGUUUAUGUUCCGAGGAAAGUGAUGCGUGAAUUUGCAGUAAAUCUUUCGGAACAAACCUCUUUAGGCACGGUCAGAAAUUUGAUAAGAAUAUUUGAGCUGAAAUCCAUCAACUGCUGCGGAAUAACCGCGUAACAGCCGCGAACCGCCAACAGGCAGCCAGUAUUAUAGAAGUGAAUAAUUAUUUACCGUACUAACAACAAGGGUGUUAGUUGAAAGCCCAGACACGAGUGUUUCGCCGAUCUUCGAUCGCUGCCUGACGCAGCUGCGAAGGUUUUGAACGAUCAGUGGGUCCCCCAGAGUUCCGGUAUUGAACUGCAUUACCUAUUUCUAUACUACUGGCUGCCUUUUGGCGGUUUGUGAAGAUUACGCGGUAGUUCCGCAGUAGCUGAUGGACUUCAGCUCAAAUAUUCAUAUCAAAUUUCGGACUGUGUCAGAAAAGGUCUGCUUCGAAAGAUUUACUCUAAGAUCAGCAAAACAGGCCUGUCUGAGCUUUUAGCUGAUACCCGUGUUAUUAGUACGGUAAAUAAUUCCACAAUCAAAUUUAUCUGAGAGGUGGGGUUACAUAACUUACCGUUGCUCGUGCACCAAAGCCAAAUAGAUCGUCCGGAUACUUACCAUAUGCUUAUUCGCAAGUGUUUGCAUAAUCCAUCAGACCUAGCACCUGCACAGUCCAGCAGGCGGCAGCAUACUGUCGAAAAUGAGAGUCCAUUUGGGCAGCGGUAUAGAGAAGGACCCCACUUAACAGUCAGCAGACUGUGCAUCGGGUCAUAUGGGGUUUUAUCUUGGCAUACAUUUGCAGGCUGUUGCAGAAAUUACACUGCCAACAAUGAUUUCUUCCCACGACCUCACACCUUAACUUAAAAUCAUUAUUUUGUAAAAAUUAAUUUUUAUUUAUUGUUUCAUUGCUACUCUUAUUUCCGUGGUCGUGCAAUAGCGUAAGACAACACUUUCGGCAUAAAUUCAAGCAAUUUCUGUGUUUUCUUCCAUUUUGUCAGCUUGCUGUCUACCGUACUGCCCCACCCAUAAAACUCACUUUGGUAACAAUCGGGAGAUGUCACCCAAAAAAACCGUUACCUAGAAGUAAUACCUCUGACAGUGGACUUAAACGCCUUCAGGCUAUAUCAGCGGUUGCAGACCUACUUUAACGCGCUACUUGAACUUUCUGCGACGGCCUAACAUGGGCUGGUCGAAUUAACAUCUCAGGAGGUUACAUGGACGAUGGUCGCUGUUACCCAACCUUCCCCAUCGUUGCACAAGUACACCUGAAUAUACGGCAUACAUUCGCAUUAUGGAAGUUUAUUACAUAACAAAAACACUUUUAAAUAGGAUAGGUCUGCACGACGGGGGACAGGAACAGUUCCCAGGCACCUGUCAAAGACAUGGCAUUGAGGCCAAACCAAAGACAAUACUGUACUUCGUCUAUGUGAGCCCACAUAGCUCGACCACAUACAGGGCAUCCCUCCGGGGAGUUUCCUUUUCAGUCUACUCCAGUAUGCCUCAAUGACAUUGGUGUGCCGUCCGGUGGUAGGGUCCUUGAAGUUCUCUGAGUGGUUAACAGAUAAAUGUAGAUAACCUUAUGAGGGAAGACGAUGAUACGCCAUCCACUCGUCCGUUACGACUAUAAUGCCUUUGGCGACCCAUUUUGUAAUAACGGAACGGAGAGCGGGCCAAAUUCCAUCAUUCACCUGUUCAAGUAAGGCUUUCUGCCGGCUAGUAUCGUACAUCCCGACCAGCCACCACACAUAAACCCCUAUGACCACCUGUGCCGUAAGACAGGCUGCUAUGGUUAGGCGGAUUUUUGGGUGCCAUCUCCCGAUUGUUACCCUCCCUUUACCAUAAAUCACGUAUGGCACGAUCCACAAUCUACUGACAGUUAGGUGGGGUCCUUCUCUGUACCGUUGCCCUCUCCUCCAAAGAAGGAAGACAUUAGAGGUUGGAAAAGUGUUGCCUCCAAUUGUUACUACUGACAACUUACUGAAAGUUGAUUCAACAUUUUAAAAUUAAUCUUUUCAGUUUUCUCUAAUGUCUGUUCACCUGCUAGAUCACUUAAAUGUUAAGUUGUGGCAGUACGUUUAGUUUAUGCAUGUUGAGUGAGUGGAUGUGAGCGUUAGAGAGCGAGAGAGAACGCGUGGGGGGGGGGGGGAAAUACGCAACGCCUGAGGUCAGGUCUAGAGGUUGGUACCUCCGCCCACAAACCCAAUUAAUCGCGUCGAGGUCGCGACCUGGGGCGCCUUUUGAGUCCUUUCUCUCGGAAGGUUUGUUUGGCUUGCACGGCGGACACAAAGGCCAAUCUGGACACACCUUAGUGCGACGCCCAAAAAGUAGAUAAGGCGUGGUCCUCCUCUUCCCCAUCUGUCUCUCAGAGAAGUCGGCACGGUAACCACAAAAAAACUGCCAAAGCAACAGCAUGUACGGUCUUCUCCUGCAGGGUCUGUAUGAUUACGUACAUCAACAGUUUGAAGACGACCUCUGGCCCAGGGUCGCCCUCAGGGCCAACUGCGAAUAUUCUGACUUCAACGAAAUCAGAUCCUACCCCGAGGACCUCUUUCCGAACUGCGCAAGGGCAAUUGCAGAGGAAACCGGCGUCUCCCUGGACGAUGUCAUGUUUGACGUUGGCAUGUUCUUCGUGUGCUUCCUGCUUCGCAGCAAGUAUCACAAAAUGCUCCGGGUUCUCGGCCGAAACCUGGGCGAGUUCUUCGAUGAACUGGACAACCUGCACCGGCAUAUGCAUUUCAAGUUUCCCCAAAUGGUGGCACCCUUCUUCACCUGUGCCAGCGAAUACGAAACUGGGCUGACCCUUCAGUACGGAUCCAGAAGAAAGGGCUAUGUUCACUACACUCGUGGCAUCGUCACUGGAAUCACCAAGAUAUUUGAUCAGUCGGUCGAUAUCGAGGUUAGUUUCGAAUGAAAACAGCUGGCUCGCCUGUUGCAUCUAACACACUAGGGUUAUUUGGAGUGGCUAGAUCGCAGUUGGUAGCCAGGUCCGGCAUUGCAGGUGGCUGGGGGUUUGUUUACUGGGACUAUUUUGUGGGACUCCAUAAUCACAUGUGACCAAUUUGUCUUUCGUUUUACGGCUGACGCUAGGAUUAGGGUACCGGUUGACGGUUUCCGAUUUCCGGGUCAGGGUUAUGCAUUUAGGCUUAGGUUUUUGGGUUACGGUUAGGAUUUGAGCGUAUUAUUAGGUUUCAGUAUUACGGUUAGGUUUUCCAGCUACGACUAUGUCUAAGGGCUACAGUUAUGUUUACGAUUUCGGUUAGGGUUAGGGUUGCCAUUAGGGUUAAUCGUUAACGUUUAAUGUUGAAGUUAGGGUAAGGGGUAAGGUUGGGAUUAGGGUUAGGUUGCCGUCCGCUUCCCAUUCCUGGCUACCAACUGCGAUCUAACCUUUGGAGUAUCCGAAAAUGUUGUUCAAAAAAACAAAGUCUACUCACUUGGUUGUUUUCCUAUGUUUCAUUUGCCCGCGGACGCGUGGUUUAUGGUUUAGUAGCGACGAUAUGAUGAAGGACCCCAAUUAUCUGUCGGUAGAUUGUGGAUCGUGUGCUGAUGUGUGUACUUGCAAAAUCUAGUUAAGUACUAAUGACUGGCAGUUGAACCCAAGAGCGGAGAUACAAAAGACGGAGAUUAACUGAGCAUGAAUUAGGGGAUAACGGAUAUGUCUGCCAGGGAAUAAGCUCAGUUGUUCGGCAGUCAGACGCUCCAAAAUGGUACCCAUGGAACAUCCAGUUGUAUACCCUAUCUGCAUGCAUUUAUCAAUUUACUCGAAAGUUACGUUUUUGGCCUCCAAUCAUCUUCUGCGUUUUCCUGCAUUCCGUCAGCUUACUGGCUGGCGUGCUGCCCCAACCUUAAACCCCCUCAUUAGCAUCAUUUCCGCAUGACACGAUCCACAGUCCACUGACAAUUAAGUGGGGUCCUUCAUCCUAUCGUUGUCGGUUUGAGUUCAACUAUUAAACUCCCAGAGUGUGGUUUGAAUAGACCUGGUCGAUGAUAGUCAGAAGUCAGUGAUGGUUAUCCCGCAUGACCCUGGGACUGUCAGUAACCACUCUGUUAUACUUUUCGGGCCAUCUUUGAAUGCAUUUAUUUCGAUACAAUGCAAAUUAUUUCGAGACAAAUGAAUCAUCAAAAAUCGUCCGUAAUUACAGUGAGUGACCGAUAUCAUGAAAUGUUGGCUGAAAUUCUGAAACUAGUUUUCUAUUAGGAAACAUUACUUAGGUGCGGUUUUAGAACGACAUAAUCCUAUAAUAUUUCGGACUCGGCAGGAAGUCAGCUCUUCAAUGCACUGUUUUUCAACCUACUGUAGAAACAGUACUCGUCAAAAAGUGACUACUUAAGUAACAUGCCUUUUUCCCAUUGAUUUUCGACAGGCUUGCAAAUUGAAAUACACUCUAUAGAAACCACGACCAAAAUUAUGCUUUAUUCCAGUCGUUUAAUAGAGAAUCACGCCAGCUUCAUAGUUUAUACUUGAAGAAAGAGUAUAGUUAGGUUUUAAAAAAGUUUCUAAUUGUGCGAUUUUUAUACUGCAUCGUACCUGUCCUUUAACCACUGCACGUCAUGAUAUGUACAAAAUAGUCCGCAUUCAUUGCAAAAUUUUAUGGAUUCUAUAUGGCAUUUUUUUAAAGGCAUAGAAGAGUGUGUGAAUUUCUUUACGCGGAACGCAUGCAUCCUGUAGACUGAAAUCACUAAGCGCUGAUGCAACGACUGAUCAGGCUCCAAAUUAUUGGGGAAUUAGAAAACGUUUUUAAAAUCUAACUAUACUCCUUCUUUAAGUAUAAAAUAUAAAAUUGACGUGAUUCUCUAGAAACGACUGAAAGAAAGCAUAGUUUUAAUCAUGUUUUUUAUAAAAUAUAUUUGAAUUCGCAAGACUAUCAAAAAUCAGUGUGAAAAUGCAUGCUACGUAAGUAGUCACUUUUUACCGAGUACGGUUUCUACAGGAGAUUGUCCAGCAGUGCAUUUGAGAGCUGACAUUCUGCCGAGUCCGAAAUAGUAUAGGAUUAUGCUGCAAGAUAAUGAUUAUUUCAACCGCGCCUAGGUAAUGCUUCCUAAUAAAAAAACUAAUUUCAGAAUUUCGGUCAAUAUUUCAUGAGAUCGGUCACUCACUGUACCCAAAAUAAAGCAUUUUCGAGGAUCGUGAACUCUGUCUUUCAAGUAUCAACCAUUGCUUACAUCAUUUUGUAAGAUUUCAGGAGAAAUGGAAUGUCUGUUCACAUACAUUUCAGCCUUAUUUUGUCACUUCUACAGAUGCAAUGCUCUGUCAAGUCACUGACCCUACAAAAACGCGCAUAUGUCUCUUGAAAUCUGCAUUAAUUUUUUUCGAAAGGAAUCACACUGUCCAACCCUUUGCAUUUAUGGAUAAUUUAAAACAAAGGUUUGUUCUGAACCUUAGAUUUCUCUCGCUGAAAUGUGUAAGGAGAGAAUGAAUCGAAAAAGUACAGCAAUCGCCGGCAUUAAAGACUGUGCGACAGUGCUCCCAUAUUGCUGAUUGGCAAAAGCUUAAACAGCCCGUUAUGCUUUAUUUAAAGGAAGAAUUAAAACCCGCUUAAUGACACUGCAGUGCUUUGAUUGUACCGAUCUGAAAAACCCUCUUGUUAGAGAUAUGACGGAGGCAGGUUGGUAAGUCAUCGGUUUAAAAACUACCUGAUCGCCUGUUCUAUUGCUGCCGCAAAAACGGAUGAUAGACAUCUGCACGACUUCUGCGACAGUUCUAUAAUAUUUCAGUUACCUCAGGAUGCCGGCUUUCGAAAGAACUUCCAUCCGACUGCAUGCAAAAAACUGCACUCUGUAAAAAAUGACUACUUAAUUAGCAUGCAUUUUUCAAAUUUAUUUUCUAUGCCCUUAAAAGUUCAACUACAUUUCACGUAAAACAUGCAUGAAAAUAUUCAUUCUUUUAAGCGUUCGGUAGAAAAGUACGUCUUUUUUCAAUUAUAUACUUGGGAAAGGGUAUACUUCGCUUUUAAAACAUGUCCAAUUCCAAAAUAAUUUUGAAUCUGACCUGUCGUUACACUUGCAUCCAAGGUUUCCAAACUACAAGCCGCAUAUUUCCUGCGUAGGGAAAACUCUGCAUUUCUCUAUGGUAUUAAGGGGCGACUAUAUAUGGUUCAUAAAAUUUGGCAGUAGAUUUGAGCCAUAUUGUCGACUUUACAAGCUACGUUUUUAAAUGCAGAGUAAUGACUUUUAUAAACAAGCAUCUCAUAGUAUUAAAAAAUCUCAUAGUUAGAAACUUUUUAAAACCGAACUAUACCCUUCCUUCGAGUAUAAAAUUGAGAGAAGAUGCAGUAUUCUACCGAAUUAAAAAAAGAAUAAAUAUUUUCAUGCACGUUUUCUAUGAAAUAUAAUUGGAUUUUUAAGGGCCCUGAAAAUCAAUGAGAAAAAUACAUGCUACUUAAUCCACCUUUUCGAGACGUAAACGCAUUUCGGAAUUUCGGUCGACAUUUCACGAGUUAGCCCAUCUACUGUAUAUUGAUAGCACUCUUGCAUUACAUCCGCCGUAAUUUAUCGUCCCUCACUUUUGCCCCGAUGGUAGGAGUACGUCAAGCCGACUGGGGGCGGGAUCGAGCGCAGUGGCAGAUGGAGCUAAGCGAUCCGUCUACGCGUGCCACACACACGCCUGUUCUGCGCAAGAUAGACCAGGCUUCCACUGAACAAGAGGGCGGUCCGGAUCCCACCUUAGGUGAAUGUGCCACCUUCAGAAGGCGACAUUGCAGCCUUACUCUCCGUCCUGAGAGGGGGACUGAGUUAUCCCGUUGGUUAACAGCCUUCCACACCCCGCGAUAGUUUGAAAGAUCAUAAGACUGUUUGUAAUGGGGGAUAUGUGCUGGGCGCCGUGAAUACGCAGUCUCCAGGGUCGAUCUCACUUUCUUUCCCCCUCUUCCGGACACUAGUCUACUGUCCGGGCUGGUCAGUCAUCUGAUUGGACGCAGUGGCUGGCAGAAAUGAAAAGCCCCUCUGCGCUUGCCACACAACCUGCCUCCCCACGCACAUACGCGGAAAACCCGCCAACUGCUCCAUGGUAUUUGGCCGACGAUGCUCUCCGUGUGCUCCACAACAGGGUGAAAGCCGGCACCGCGACUUGAGCGUGAUUUCUUUUAUAAUGAUAGUAGAUUUGCACAGCAUCCAACGUACUCUCUUUCUCUCUCUCUGUCUUCCUCCCCAAUAUGGAUCCGGUGUCAAGACAUAAUGAAGAAGACCGGUGGCGGGAGAAGGCACUGGUGGCUGGCACGACCGGACCCGCAUCUAGGCGUAACACCACACCCUCUGGACCACAAUAAACGCUUGACCAGAAUUUUAACGAAUAGGAACAUUGGAGGGGGCGGCAGAGGUCCUAAUUUACGCGACUGAGUCUGUCACCACACUCCGAUUGUUAGCACCCGUUACAGUAGGUGAACAAACUCAUGAAAUGUCAACCAAAAUUUCGAAAUGUGCCCUCGUUUCGAAAAGAUCAAUUAAGUAGGGUUGUAAAGCUAGUCAUCAUGCAGCAUAAGUCUAUGACGGUCCGUCUACCUCAGGGUGUCGGCUUUCGAAUUAUCUUGUUUCCGACUGCAUGUAAAAACUAUACUCUGCGAAGAUGCCUGCAUAUGUAGCAUGCAAUUUUCUGAUCAAUUUUCGAUGCCCUUGGAAAUUCAAUCAUAUUUAAUGGAAAAUGUGCAUAAAAAUAUUCAUUUUUUUACUCAUUCAGUAGAAAGCAAGGUCUUCUCCCAAUUUUAUAAUCGAAAGAAGAGGAUCAUCCGGUUUCAAAAACGGUUCUAGUUUUGAUAUUUCUUAAUUCCGUCAAAUAGCUGUUCAUAAAACGUCAUGUGUCUGCAUUUACAAGUGUGCCUUGUAAAGUCAACAAUAUUGCUCGGAUCCAUUGCUAAAUUUUAUGAACUCCAUAUGGUCUCCUCUUAAUACCGUAAAGUAGUGUAUGGUUUUUUGUACGCGGAAAAUAUACGGCUUGUAGUUUUGAAACCCUGAAUGCAAGUGUAUUAGAAAGUGGGUUUCAAAAUUAUUCGGGGAUUAGAAACGUUUUUAAAAACCGAAUUAUGCUCUUCUUGCGAGUAUAAAAUUGGAAGAAAAGGUGAUUUUCUACCGAAUAAGUAAAAAAUGAAUAUUUUAUGCACGUUUUCUAUGAAAUAUAAUCGAAAAUCAAUGAGAAAAUUGCAUGCUAAAUAUGUAGUCAUUUUUUGCAGAGUAUAGUUCUUACAUGCAGUCGGAAACAAGAUAAUUGGAAAGCCGACACCCUGAGGUAAAUGGAUCGUCAUAGACUUCUGCUGCAUGAUGACUAGCUUUACAACCGUACUUAAUUGAUCUUUUCGAAACGAGGGUGCAUUUCGAAAUUUUGGUUGACAUUUCAUGAGUUAGCUCACCUACUGAAUAGGUGUACAAUCCCGGUAACGCCUGCCAGAAUCCAGUGCGGCUCCAUAUUGACCCAGCCCAUCUACCGCGUGGCCCGUUUUGGCGCGAAGGCAACAGCUUAUAACUCCCCUCGGAUAACCAUUCUGAAUAACGGGCCUUAUGUGUUCUGCCCUCCGGUUUGCUGAAAUGAGUCUGGAUUUGUCUGAAGAACGUUUUCACACAGCUUCGGUUGUAAGCCACCGGAUGUUUACGUUCUGUCUGCUAGGUACGACCCUUUUGACUUUAUUGCUUUAAAAUUGCACUAAACAUCUGAUUUCAGGAAAUUCUGAUUAGCACCGAAAUAAUCUCCAUUUAUUGCACCUUGCUUGCUGUCGAUCGCACGCUCAUUUGGGGGAUACAAAAUAUGCCUCAGCACUUUCAAAGCCCGCAUCCGUCUCCGUUGUAGAUAGUUCACCAGGCGGAAAGCAGUGCAAUAUUCCGCCUGCACUACAAGGGUAAGACGAAGUCCGCGCUGGACGACCGAUUCCGCCUACCGGCAACAGUAUUCUUUGAAAUCUUUCCCUUCUGCAUCCUGCUGGAUCGGACUCUCUGCAUCAAGACAGCCGGCAAGGGUGUGCUGCGCGUGGAUUCGACACUGUUGAAAAAGAAGUUCUCUGACUGCUUCGUCAUUUACUCCCCAAUCAUCGAGUUUACUUGGGAGAACGUGAGUCAAGCGCUGUUUUUCACAUUAAUGUCACCUGCCGACUUAAGGCCUUGGUUUUGAUUGCAGAGUUCAGUUAAUCUCCAGAGGCAUAUGUUUAGUCCACAUACGGUAUUGGAGCAUUUUUUGAUUCAGUCAGUUAACAAAUAUGCUCGUGCCACAGCUAUCUGCAAGCAUACAAUAAUAAUCAUUUAUCUUUGAAAUAAUUACUAGGUAUUUUGGCAUAUUUUAAAGAAUAUACAUUUUUGAAAAGUCUAACGGCCUCGGUGAGAUUCAGACUGGCCGGCAAAUCCUGCUUUUGUCGGACGAAUUUGAGAUAUGAGCCCAUAACCCACUGGUUAAGGCCUUGGACAUCUAACCAAUAGGUCGCCGAGGAGUACACUGCCUCGUCCCUUAUCGACGGGCAGAGAAGGGGAACAUCUUGUGAAGGAAGCGUGAUUAAGUGUUGAACUUUUGGAGGAGGAAAAUAUUGUCGUUGGCCUCCUCGACUUGCCUCUUCUGAACUGUCUUCAGGCUGAUAAAGAAGACAAACGGCAAAAUAAAUCCACUUUAGAAUAGAGUGCACUUUGAAAAUGUCCAUCUUAUGCCGAGGAACGCUUUCUAAGUCCCCGUGGCGAGCUCUGCAAACAGCGCAAGUGAGUUCUUAUGCCUUCACCAAUCUGCUGGCUGAUUUAACAACCGCUACUGCGGAAACAAGAAGGGACUGGUCUUGCCUAGGAAACAGUCAUUUGGUCUGAACUGUUGACAGUGUUACUGGUAGCAACAAGAAAGUGUCCGCAUGAACCUGUAGUAGCAUUUUGGCGGACAAGAAUGUAAGAUCAACUUAAACCACGCACAAUAAGUUCGUCUCGCCUAGUCUCAGCAGUCAGGGAGCUGUGAGGAAUAGUUCAUUCUAUGCACAGGGCAGGUUGCCGUAAGUUGGCUGUUUGUUUGCGACAGAGAUAAGCGUUCGUUCACGGAGAGUCAGUCGCUGGGUGGUGUUUACGCGGGAGCGAAUGUCUGUGUCAGCAGCAGGGGUUGACUGGUUGAGUGUUGGUUGUGUCCUUGGACAAAUUAGGGGAGGAAUAGGGGGACGCAUACUCACAAGGCCUCACGGGUAUCAAGCCAGAGCGUUCGACGCGUGUGAGGUGAUGAAAGUUUGUGAGGUCAGCCGACAGUCACUGAAGUUGGGCCGGAGGUGUCCCAGUUCUAGCCGGCGGGGGUGGCCGUGUGUCAACAGUUGUCACGGCCAUCGUUCGACAAAACGGAGCCGGAGAAAAAGGGGGACUGGAGCGGUUGCUACAGCAUCAAACCACAAAGAGAAGAAGAAGAACAACAACAACAACAACACAUCGAGGAGAAAAAGCCAUUUUAGACUUGUUCUUUAGCAGAACUCAGGAGUUGGACCCGAAACACCCUAACGAAGGAGACAAUGCAUAAAACUCGGAUCCCCGGCAGUUCAUAAGCUAUGGAAGGAACAGUGAAAAAGCAGUGCAGCACUAAGGAGACAAAGCUGAAUGAGGCAUACCACCUGCAUCAUAAUUAGUCCUCAUUCGGGUUCAAUGAAUAAGGUCUAUUUGUUGCGCCGCAGUUAAACUGCCUUUCGUCUUUAAACGGCGGUGUCUCAAUAUAUUGAUGACGCUAUUUCAUGGAUAUCAGUUAUAAGGUUAGGUUUAGAUUACUUUAAUACCUGCGGUCUUCAUUUUGAAGGAUCGCCUUUUAUCCGGUGUACGGUGCGUGACCGAUCUCAUGAACUGUUGGUCGAAAUUCUGAAAUUCGUUUUCAAUUAGGAAGGAUUACUUAGAUGGGGUUGUAAUAAUGAUCCUCCGAAGGAAAAAUCCUAUGGUAUUUCAGACUUGCCAGGAUGUCGGCUUUUGACUGAGCUUCUUUUCGCUCCCUCUGCAGAAACCGCACUCGGUAAAAACUGACUACUUAAGUAGCAUGCAUUUUUCCUAAUGAUUUUCGAUGGUCUUGUAAAUUCAAAUAUAUUCUAUUGAAAACAUGCAGAUAAUAUGCCUUCUUUUACUUGUUUGGUAGAAGACCACGUUGUCUUUACAUUUUAUACUGAAAGAAAGGGAACAUUUAGGUUUUAAAAAGUUUUCCAAUUUCCGAAUAAUUUUGAGCCUGAUCUACCAUUGCACUAGCGUUUGGCGAUUUCAGUCUGCAAGCUGCACGCUUUCCGUGUAAGGAAAAUCCUAUAUUCCUCUAUGCCUUUAAGAAGGUAACACAUAGAGUUCCUAAAAUUACGCAAUGGAUACGGACUGUGUUGUGGAGCAUUGGUAAACGGACUUGUGCGGUCCUGUAUGCAUGGUGAUCGCACGGUCAUAAAAAUCGCAUAAUUAGAAACCUUUUUAAAAACCAAAAGUGCACUUUCUUCGGGUAUUAACUAUGACGACACUGUAAUUUUCUACAAAAGAGUAAAAAAAGCAUAUUUUGUGUAUGUCUUCUAUGAAAUAUAUUUGAAUUUACAAGACCAUCGAAAAUCAGUAGGAAAAAUUCAUGCUACUUAAGUAGUCAUUUUUUACAAAGUGCGUUUUCUGCAGGAGGUCAAAAAGGAGCGCAUCCAAAAGCCGAAAUCCUAAUGCGUCCGAAAUGUUAUUGGUUUGUGCUGCAUUCUCAUCAUUAUUGCAACUUCACCUAAGUAAUUCUUCCUAAUCGAAAACGUAUUUCAGAAUUUCGGCCAACAUCUCAUGGAAUCAGUCACGCACUCUAGUUCACCGCGACUGAACAAAAUCAAAGUACCUUCUUUUUUAAAAAUCAUGUUACUCCUACCAUUACGUCCUCACCUCAACAACCGGCGCCUUCCGGUUCUGGCUCUAGUUUCCCUUAAAUCGCUCAUAAAACCGUCUAAACAGCGUAAGGUGUAUUUCCGAAGCUGUUUAUAAAGAUUGCUAUCAUCUUUUCUCUGCGCUAGAUUUUGUCACACUGCAACAAUGUGUUCGACGUGUUCCAUAAUGCUCCGGCCGAACAGCAACCAACAGGUACGUCCACCAACCCCGAUAUACCAGAUCAAAACUCUUACAACAUUAAUUACGGAGUGUUGACUUGCUACCCUUAUUAAUAAUAUCGGUUGACUAUUUAAAGUCGUAAAAAAUAUUACGAUUCGCAUUUCAAAAUGAUGGAAAAUGCGCGGCAAGGAAGCACCUUGCCGAUCACAGGGGUAAAGCAAAUGAUGAGGAAUACAACGUUCUAAAUCUCUCUAUGUAAGCUUUAGUUGAAUACAUCAUGCGCUCGCCUCUCAUAGAAGGUUAAUCAGGAUUCUGAAAUGUGCUUUCGGUCAGAAAGGAUUAUUUAAGUAGUUUUAUAUGACAAACUGUCAUGUAGUACAAUUAUAAGCCAUUUCAGUCACGUCAGGAUUCCGGCUUUGGAGCGAGUUUCUUUUGGGCCUCUUUCAAAAAUGGCGCUCUAUAAAAUGACCAUUGAAGUUGCAUGCAUUUCUCUUCAAGACUCCAAUACUCUUAUAAAUUCAAACAUAUUUUGUAAUAAACAUAUGCAAACAUAUUCUUUCUGAUAAUUAUUUGGCGGAAGGUUAUGUUAUCUUCAAAUUUUAUGCUUAAGGAGAGCGUAUAUACCGGCGUGGAAAAACUUUGUCAUCCCUUAAAUAAUUUUGAAUCUGACCUGUCAUGCCGCUUGUAUUCAGGGCUUCCAAAACACAAAUUGUUUAUCUUCUUUGUAAGGAAAAUAACAAAGUUAUAUGCAAUAAUAAUAUGUCCUAUAACGUUUGUAGAAGUAUGCAGCAAGUAUAGACAAUGCUGUAUAAUUUACAAAGAGCAUUAACAAAUGGACGGAUACUAUGGUUUGCGGGCGAAAAUUUCGUGGCCUUAAAAAUCCUUUAAUCAGAAAAUUUUUAACGAACGAAAUUCAUUUUCGUCAAUAAUGUUAAAACUUAAUAUUUUAACAAGUGAAAACGAGAAAAAAUCCUUUAUGCAUAAGUUCGCUGUAAAAUAUUGUUAAACGUAUAAGUUCAUCGAAAUAAAUUCAUUUUAAGCAGUCAUUUUCUGAAGAGUGUAGUUUUUAAAGAGGCCGGAAAGAAGUUUCUUCAAAAGCCGACAUCCCGACGAAACUUAAAUAGUUUGUAGUUAUGCUGCUCGACAGUUACGCCUACGACCCUGCCUAAAAAGCAUUUUUAAUCGAAGGCGUAUUUUCAGAAUUUUUAAUAAAAUUUCAUAAGAUAUCACCCCUGCUGUAACGUCUUUGAAUGGAAUUCCUACGGUCACAUCCCCAAACGUGCUCCUAAUUAAUGUCUAUGCUAUUAAUUUUCACCAAUCUCCUCCCAUCUCUGAACUUAGCGUACUGGCCACGUUUCCGUCACGCUUAUUAUUCAAUACCAUACUGCCGGCACAAGUGCUAGCUAAAAGCCCAGACACGUGUUUCGUCGAUGGUCCGCCGCUGCAUGACACAACUACAAGGGAUUCUACUUAUCAGAGGGUACACCUGUGUGCUUUUUGUUGCCAGUAUGGCAUCCGGAAACUCUCAUAUAUACUGCUACCUGUCUGUCGGCAGGUUGAUGGAUAGUAUACAGUUAUCCUCCUGUGACUGACGGACUGCGCCCGAAAUAAUUAUGUUAAAUUUCGGUUUGCGCCUACAAAUCUCACUUAAAAUGGUGUUAUUCCAAGUCGGUGACUAAUUUCUGAGGAAAUUAAAAGACAACAAAGCGAAAUUUGAAAACAUUUCGCAUUCUGAAGUUGUCGCAGCGACAGGCUCAAAUAUUGGGGCCAAUAAAUGGCGCGAAGCGAAAGCCCCUCCAUGCGUCGAUCGGAUGGGGGGAAGCAGGAACUAAGAGACGAGGCACUGUAAAUCAUCCAUUUUUCAGAAUCAACUAAUCAGCAAGCGAAUCUAGUUCAGUGGUGUCUCGGCUAUUUGAUUCGACUCCUUAUUGCAUUGUCGCCGGUGAAAUUCCCAUUACUGCCCAGCUAUUUCUUUCCUAGACCAAAAAAAUCUCUCGGGGGAUGUGUUAAAUAAGGCCAACCGUCUCGCUCUGAAUUUGCGCGGACAAAUGAAAUAUAUGCGCGACUGGGAUUGCAUAGCGUACUUGGCAUCCCCAAGGCAAGUUAUUGACUUAAAAUUGGAUGCACUUUUCCUAUAGAUAGCCUUUAUACGAGAAACAUGCUAUUUUUCGAAUUUUUCAUCGCCUAUGCUAACUAAAAUCUGUAGUCCCCGAAAAAUGUGAAAGCGAACAGGAACCACCUAAUCAUAACCCUUAUCCAAAACGUAGUCCUAAACCUAAGCGUAAUCUCCUUGGAAGUAAGCGAGGAGUUCCUGCUCCGAAUCCUGCCGUAAAAAAAUUUUUCUGAGCUUCUCCUGUGUGAAUUAGUUAGUCAAACACAAAAUGUAGUUUUUUUUCAAGGAAUAAAAUUACUCCGAAGAAAACCUCACGGGGUCGUCGCGGUAAUAACCAAAAUAGUUGGGCCGGAGUUUUCUAAUGCACUCGCUUAAAAUCAGAACAUCAAUGGGCACACAGUGCUAUUUUUCGUAGUAACUCAACAUUCUUUCGGAUAAAGAAUACAAGAUGUGAAUCGAGGUAGCUUUAUCGGAAAUAGAUGAGGUCGUCAAUAAGGAUUGCGUGUAUUCAUUCUAUGUCCUGUAAGAGCUUUUGAAAAUUUAACUAUUUUUCAGGCUAACGUAGACUUGAUGGUUGUUAAUUGCUAAGUAUAAUUUUAUGAGUAAUUUGAUAGCUGAGUUUUUAUAGCGUUGGCGUUUCGAGAUAAACUGCUGGCACUGCAUAACGCAGCCUUCUGCGAAGCUUGCCUUUGUUGGGGGACAAAUAAUGAUUCGGUCGGGUUUCAGGACAGGAGGCUAUCACCACUACCAUAAAUCUUUGGUCUCGUCCUGCUUGAAGACGUGACUGGGUGCCAUAGGAUAAGUCACGAACUGAGAGCCGCAUGUCCACGUCGAGAGCAAUCUUCUAGUUUAUCCGGCGUAAUUGCUUUGACCAUAACUGCACCAGAUCCGGUAAAUGAUCUCAGACAUUUCCAGUCUUGUGGUGGUUUUUAGGGCUCAUUAUUUGGUACGGGAUAGCUGCCUCUGAUCUAUGUGCAGCUGCAACUCCAAAUGGUGUAAGAAGAGGGUUUACGGUUUUCGUGACCCUCUUCACGUACAAAAGCGUUCGCCAGAAUCUGGCCCGGUGCGAUUCGGUCUCUCGCCUCGUUUGCGCGUGCACUUGUUGGCAACAUUGUGCAAGUAACCAGUCGGCCUGGACAUACGUCGAAGGCGUUAAAAUCCGGCAACCCUGUAUUUUGGUUCAUAGCAGUGCGUCUCAACAUGUCGAUAUAGCAGCUUAUUUGCGACUGUUCCUGAUGAUGGGUUCAAAUGAAAAUCUGAAACGUCAAGCAAUCACAUUCCCCUUUUCCUCCUAUUUUUUCGGUAUGUAACAGUAUAAUGCAUUAUUCUAAAUCCUGUAAAAGCCUUUAAGAUUAAUCUUGAAUCGCUUACCCAGCUCACCUAAGGAAUUGCAACCAAGGGCAGAUGCCCAACUUGAAUCUACAUAGAUUUAAAUAAAACGUCUACUAACAGUAGCAAGUAGCCUUGUUAUAUACGUCGGCGCAGGUCAUGUUGAUCUAGUGUGUCAAGAUGAGACAAAUAGAGACGUUGAGAUCAGAGAGCUAACUAAAUAAUCUACACGUACAGUAAGCUAUUUACAAACGAGAUGCGCGAUGAAUGCACGCUUUUAAAAAAAUUUAGUUUACUGCAGUGCGUCUCAACAUGUCUGUAUAGCUUUCUUAAGCAGCUUAUUUUCGACUGUCCCCGAUGAUGGGUUCAAAUGAGAAUCUGAAAUGCCAAGAGAUCAUAUCUCCUUUUCCACUUAUUUUUCCGUAUGUAACAGUAUAAUGCAUAACUUUGAACCAUGUAAAAACCUUUAAGAUAAAUCCUGAAUAUUUCUCACAGCUCGCUUAAAGAAUCGCAACUAGGAUGUACAGACUUCCAACCGGAAUCCACAGAGUUUUAAAUUGGAUGCCUACUAACAGUAACAAAUAGUCUUGCUAAAUAAGUCUGUGCAAUUCAUGUUUAUCGUAUCUAUCUAGCUGAAACGAAUAGAGGCGUUAGGGUCGGAGAGUUAACUACAUAAUCUACGCGUACAGUAAGCUAUCUACAAAUGAGAUGCGCGACGAAUGCAGACCCUUGAAAAAAUUGGGUUCGCACUAACAAACGCGUACACACCCCUCCCUUCGAAAUUAAAAUGCUUUUCCCCGUGCCCUCUGAUAUAAUCAAUCACUUUUGCCUUCCCUACUGCAGGCUGCGAGAUGUUAGUGAUAUGCUAGACGUGGGAUUGUCACUGGAAGACCUCAGCCUACAUGACAGCAGUCGUCAUCGCGUUCUCAUUGGCGAACAACAGUCAGCGGAGAUGAAGUUGGCAUUGCGCGAGGUAAGAUUGUUUGUGGUUAUCUCUCCCGAGAAUAAUAAUCGGUCAGAUGUGGUUAGGUAGCCGUACCUGAAGUAAACAAACUCCAGCCACCCAUAAUACGGGACUGGUGGUAAUGUGGGUUUUAGCAGGUGGGGCGACGCGGAACGCACAAGCGACGAGGUCAAGUAGUUUUAUGCAAAAGAAAAGCUAUUGGGAAGACGCCGUUGUACUUUGGGUGGUUGAAAAAUGGUUGCCCUAACCCCUCACCCUAACCCUAACCUCCAACCUUAACCCCUUGCUCUUACCCUCUCAUCCCAACCCCAAGAGUAUUGCGUUCAUCGGGUGUGGCCACAUAAGCAAAUCUUACCGAAUAAUCUUCAAACCCCAGCAACGGGCUGCCUUGUAGUGGUGCUGGAAAAAAGCGAGGUUCAGAUCGGUCACGACAUGCGUCAAUUGAGUCACACAGAGUCCACGCGAGCCAUUAUCUAUCGCCGUGGCGCGCCCAGGCGAACGCUCACGUCGCGCCAGUCACUGCGCUCGAUCCAAGAGCCAGAUGGCCGAUAAGCUUGGACAACCGGCUGGUACACGAGAGAGAGAGAGAGGGAGCGAGGUCAACUCUGAUUGGGCGACUUGGUUCUCACAGGACAGAGAAUGAGGCUGCGGUGGCUUCCUCUAAAACAGACUUCUAUCGAAGUCACACCUAGGUGGGAUGUGAGAUGUCACCCUUGUAAAAAUCCGCUCUAAAUCCGCAGUCGUGCAUGGCACGCGUAGACGGGUCCCCUAGCCUUGUCGGCCACUGCGUGCAAACCGACCUCCAGUCGUUUUAACCCUCUCUUACCACCGUUUUCUGGCAGGCCAGGAAAGAGCGGGGAUGCGGCACCCGCCUUAAUAAUCCGCUAUCACUUUAAUUCGAUUUAUGAAUGUCGGGGAAAUUUCGAGUUCCAGGUGCAUGCAUAAGUGAAGAAAAAGAGGGGUCGAGCAUCGGAAUACUUUGUUUACUGUUCUGAGCUUUCAGACUCGUGCAGGAGUCCAUCAUUAGAGAUAGUAGCAGCAUCGGAACAAGCGACAGUUAUGGGGCAGUUGCUUUACCCGCAACUGCGUCAGGUCCGGUAAACGACUCCAGAUGCUUUUGGCCGUGACAAUGGAUCUUUUAAUCUCAUCACCUGACGCCUUAUGGUGGCCUACGGUCUGUGUGCAAAUCCGACCACGGGUGGUUCGAGAAGGCGAGUAACGGCCUCGGAGACGUUCUUGAUGCAGGGGAUUGCUCGCUACAAUUUAGGGUCGGCACGAUUUUGUCCUUUGUCUCGUUUGCGCAUUCACCGGUUGACGAAGUUGCGUGGGCAACCAUUUUCUCUGAAAACCCGUCGAAGAUAUUGGAAUUCGGCAACUUUGGCUUCCGGUUCACUGCAGUCCCUCUCAACGCGCCGAUAUAGCGUUGAUGAUGGGUUCCAGUGAGAAUCCGAAACGUCAGGCGAAUAAAACCCUUGUUCCGGCGAUCGCUUCCACUUUUUAUCAACUUGCUCCUGGAACUCGAAUCUUCGCUUGUAUCGCCUUCAUAACUCUGCCCUGACAGGCGGUAGGAAUGGUUGAGGGAAGAAAGAGCUGGACGAUGCUGCACAAGUCUGUUAUCACUAUAAAAUAAUUCAUGCACCCUACGUCCAACUUGCUGUGGAGUACACGGUGGACAUCUUCGGGAUCGACGGCUAUCAGAUCGAUGUCCUGUUAGGCUUUCAGGUAUUCCUUUUGUCCGGUCCGCAACUGCUUAUCUGUCUUGUUCAUAAGCAGCUCUCUCUCUCUCCGUCUUGAAUGCACUGAGUAGCCCAGGCUCGACUACAUCCUCCGGUAACUCCAGAAGUUUCGGUAUCGUGGUUUGAUUCGUUUUAGCCAGACGAUCACAUAAAAUAACUGUAUGUGUAUUACCUUCACCAGAUACCUUAUUUACUCCAAACAAUACCGCAUUUAUUGCUAAUAAUUGUUUUUUUAUUCAUUAGGAGGAGGCGAAAACUAGGGAGUUGGAGGCCAUCACACAGCGCGCCGAGGAGGAGACAAAACGGGCGGAGAACUUGCUGUAUCGGAUGCUUCCGCAGAAAAUAGCUGUGGGAUUACGUAGAGGUGUUCGACCUGUCGGCAUGAGCGAGGUAACAGUAGCGCGACGUCCUGUGCAUGCCCACUUGUCCAAUCUAAAGUAUGCUUUUUCGGGAAGGAUGGUAUCAAGUAACAGAGCUGAAAUGGGCAGCAGCUUGAGUUAUCAAGGGGAUGAACAAGGCCGCAAGAUCCCACAUAUGUGUAACUUUUGAUACAUCGUUUAGACUGACUAUAAGUUUCCUGUCUCAUAUAACAAUGGAAUAACUACAAAGCAGUAGAACCGACAAUUGCAAGAAGGCCGCCGGCUAAUCGUUAUUAUGGGCAACGGUAUGGAGAAGGACCCCACUUAACUGACGGCAGACUGUGGAUCACAUCAUACGGGAUUGGUGAUAAAGGGAGUUUUACGGGUAGGGCAGCGUACUAGACAGCAAGCUGACGAAGUGCAGGAAAACAGAAGUUGUUUGGAUUUCUCCUGAAAGACUCAUCGUACGCUUUUGUGCGACAACGGAAGGCGAAAGCAAAUUUCAAAAAAUAAAGGAGUUUGAGCAAUGGUUCAAAGUCGUGAAAAGUGAUUGUUAUUGACAGUGUAAUGUCUGAAAUGGCCUGCAAAUGGAUGCCAAAAUAAAAGGCCCUAUGACUUGAUGAACAGUCUGCCGUCAGUCAAGUGGGGUCCUUCUUCAUAUUAUGUAUUAACCUCUAAAUACUCAUGUUUCACGUUAAACAAAUCAAACUACCGGAUGACCUUCUUAGACAGAACCCCCCUAAUCCCACGCCUGGAUAUGGUCCAAACUUUUAAGGGCAACGCCCUGGUUAGAAGUAGUUAAGAAGAACAUCAGCUGAUAGUCCGGAUCAAACCGACAGAACAAGGGGUCCGUGAAUCCCUGGAAGAACGUUUACUCUAAUAGCGCCCAAUGACAGAGGAAUGCGGAUUUGAGGCUCGAUGCGACAAAACAUGGUUUUUGGUUAGGACUUACUGGUGAAACCAAAAAUUCAGAAAUGGUCACAUACAUUCCCUGUGUCUUUGUCGGAACUCUUUUCAGAAUACAUAUAUAUGUAUCGGAUUAUUUUUUUCGGAAAGGUGGCCAUCUUUAUUCCGUUAAUUUUCGCUCAGAGUCACAAGGCCAUCGUCAGACAUAGAGCAAAUUGGAAAACAGCGGACUUCCAUGCCUCCUCAAAAAUUACUACUUAUCUGGAGCUUUUGCAAAUGAGCAGUCGUCAAAUGCUAUCAUCCUGCUUGGACCGGUCGUCCGUUCUUCCGUUACUCAGAUAUGUAGGACUUAUCAAAGUGCACGCGCUCCAGGAACUUCAGAGCUGAAAACGAAAGCUGAUCAUACAAAACAAAUACCUACAGUGAGGUAGCGAUCGCAUGAAAUGGUAGCCAAAAUUCUGAAAUUAGUUUUCGAUUAGGAAGGACUACUUUGGUGCGGUUGUAAUACUGAUUUUUUGCGGCAUCAUGGUAUAAUAGUUCGGACUCGGCAGGAUAUUGGCUUUUAUAUGCACUUCGAUUCAAUCGUCUGUAGAAACCGCACUUGGUAAAAAAUGGCUAAUUAAGUAGAAUGCAUUUUUCACACAGAUUUUCAAUGAUCAUAUAAAGAUAAAAUAUUUUUUAAAAAAUAUGUACAAAAAUAUUUUUUCUUCCACUCGUUUGAUAGAGAAUAACGUCCUCCUUAUAUUUUAUACUCAAAGGAAAAGUAUAAUUAGGUUUUCAAAAAGUUUCUAGUUAUGAUAUUUUUUAAGACCGUGCAAUGUCUAUUCAUACAGCAUUGUACCUGUCCGUUUACCACUGCUCCUCAUGAAAUGUACAACAUAGUUGUCCCGAACAACUUUGUCUUUUUUCACACUAGUUCUUCUUAUUAAUCAGCAGGCUCUAAAUAUUUUUCUUUGAUAGUUAAGUCUGUAUUUUUCCACUGAUAGUUAAAUCUGUCAUUUUCCAGGAAUUCAUCUCCAAAAUCUAAUCGAAAAACCUAACCUUAGUCCACGGAUAUGUAGUGGAGAUGGUAAACUACAUAAGCUAAAACCGACUGCCUAUUCAAAGAUGACAGUUCGAGCGUCCGAUCCGGCGAUGUCCAACGUGUGCUCUAUAGCAAGGUGAAGUAGGCACGGUUGCUUGCGAGUGAUUUAGUUCGUGGUGGUAGAAGACUUGCGCUGCAUCUACUACGCUCCCUCCUCCCCCCCGCAUGAGCUCGGUGCCAAGACAUAAUCAAGAAGACCGGACGCAGGAGAGGGCGCAAAUGGCUGGUAAGGCUGAGCCCGCACCUUGGCGCUCGAUUCCAUACCCUCUGGUCCACGAAAAACAUUUGGUCACGAUUUUAACCAACAACAACGACACCACGACGGGUCAGAACGAGGAGGAUGACUGGCCAGCCAUGAUCAUGAUGUAUAUAAAAUGCGGGAACGCAAGCGCAUCUACCGGCAGUGAACCGGGCAUCAGAGGGUUUCAAGCUUUUACUAGAUUGCGAGGGCAAUAGUUUGCUAAUCCUGGCAUAGCAGACGCUUACAGACCUUUUGACCGAGAAGGGAUAAGUUUACAUUUACGGACAUGCCUCUUAAACAACAAUCUGUUCGCAUUUAAUUUCCACUUAUGCCUCGGUUUAGAAAAUAUUGUUAUUAACGCAGCUUCCCCGUCACGGUAGGAGCUAAAAAAUCGGCUGCAGGCAUUCUUAUCUCAAACAUAUAGAAAUUUUGAAAAAAAUUUAGUCACGUGUCUGACAAGUAGUGUUAACACAACUUGAAACUUUCUGAGAAAAGCCAGAAGAAAAGCCAUUUGGGUAAAAUAAAACUCCGCAGUCCAAUCGACAUGACUGGGGAUACUCAGCGUCAUAGCAGUCGGCACGAUUUCGUGGAGUUUGGAUCCGUCUGGUCGAAGACGCGCUCUAAGCGUGCCAUCGCUAUGGUGAUCAAUUCCGUGCAGAUUGGGAAAUGAAAUCCACCUAGUAGUCAGCUUGCCUGGUACUUGCUUUAUAUUCAGAAUUUAAAGGCCUUGUUAUGACGAUCUGUCUCGGUUAUACUGUUGUCUUCCAGCAAUACACCUACAAAAUCCUGGGGCAAGGAGGCAUGCAAUCAGAAUAUGUUUAGCACUCAAGUCGUGCUACUUUAUUUGUGUAAGUAGCCGUUAUUAGGCCAACAUCUUCCUCCUGCACCAGUAAUGUCUUAGCACUCGGCGGGCCUACGGGCUUUGUCGCUCUAGGAUUGUGUCAAGCAGGGUACUAACGCAGACUUUAAAGGUUAUGAGCGUCUGAUAUGCCGUCAUUCAACAAACCGCGGCCCUCUCUGCCUGGUAUGCGCGGGCAGUUCACUGACACCGUGUCCCCUGCCAGUAGAUGCGCUUGCGUCCCCGCUGGGUAUACAGGUCGUGACCCACUGCUGUGCUGUCGUUUAUUGUGGGCCAGAGAGUAUGGUGGUACGCCUAGCUGCAGGUCCGGCUGUGCCAGCCACCUGCGCCUUCUCCCGCCUCUGGUAUACAUGAAUAUGUCUUGACACCGGGUCCAUGUUUUGGGAGAGGAGGAAUGAUUGCGGCCGACUCCGCGCAAGUCACCGUGCUUAGUCCCAACUUACUGUGGAGCACACAGUAGACAUCGUUGAGCACAACAGUCGGACUGUCCCUGUGUGAGACUACAAAUCACCGUGCACUCAAAUCACCCCGGGAACCAGGCGCUGCUGACCCCGGCUAGAUACCAUAUCCUUGAUGGCUAUUUCUGUAAAAGUUCAGCAAAGCCAUUGUUGCCUCAGUACCAAAAAGCAGAGAUAAACUAACAACAAUGGUUUGCAAUUUCUCUGAAGUUGAGACGCUGAGUGGGGAGGUUGAUUACGCUUGAUAUGCACGCAUGUACAGCUAAUACAGAUGCUCAGUCUCCCUUAUAAGCCUCUCUUUCCGAAGACAAGACUGGAUCUGUCAUUUAUGCAAGUCCUAACAAAACUCACUAAACUAGAUGCUUCCCGGAGGGACGUGAUUAAGAAUUUUACUGGUCAUCUGUGUUUAACCCAUGAAAAAGAGGCGUCAAGGUGCAUCCGGUUGCCCUUUUCUACAGUCCUCGCGUGCGGUGGCAUUGUCGCAGAUACUCGAUAGUGGAAUAGUUUUACCAUCAAAUUCCUUUCCUUAAAGUUGAGGCGUGCUUGACUGACAAAGAGGAAAACUAGGCUAGAAAUGGCCCUUCCAGUCCACUCCGCCUUCUCCGGUAGUGCGGCUUCAGUAGAAGGUCCUCUUCUAGUCCUAAGUUGGUCAGAAAAUUCAUUUCCACAUUUUCCUAGAGGGAAUGAAACGUCGGCACUACUCUCUGAUCCAAUUCUCCCGCAAAAUCGAAUUAAAUUAUUCAAAACUCUCUACCUCGCGAGCCGUCCAACUCUGCGUUUUAUUUGGAUUUUGUUUCCUCCAUUCUGCAGGAAUUUGAAAAGGUUACCAUCCUCUUCACUGAUAUCGUCGGAUUCACUGUGAUCUGCAGCAAGCUGGAACCCCUCGAAGUGGUCACCAUGCUCAGCAAUAUGUUUGCCAAAUUUGACGAUUUGACAACGAAGUACGGAGUCUACAAGGUUGAGACUAUUGGCGACGCGUAUAUGAUCGCCUCUGGAUGUCCGGAACCCACUAAACUGCACGCCGCCUUCGUCGCAGAGGUUUCCUUUGCUCUGAAGGAGACGACAGAACAAAUUCCCAAUCCAUCGGUCACAUUGCCGGAAAGUCUAAAAAUUCGUAUUGGUGAGUUUUGUGUGGUUAAUGAUGAGCUUUUGUCUGUGUGAAAUUAGAGACGAUGAUUGUAUGAUUUUUGCUUUCAUUGGCGUCCAUUCUCACCAUGGUGUCGAUCCUCGGUAUUAGAUGAUGGUGCAUGCGCAGGUGAAUCAGACUCACCUGAUUAACUGACCUUAGAGGUCACGCAGGUUUUGGCAGGGUCACAUGACACUUCGGGCGUCGAAAGCAACGGCGUCCACCGUGUGUUCCACGCAGUGGGCGCAGCACAGAUGACUUGUACGGGCAUUAAAAUAUAUUACUAGUAGACUUUCGCUGCAUCUACCGCACACCAUCCUCCCCCCGCAACCGGGCCCGGUGACAAGACAGGGACGGAAUAACCGGCGACGUGCUCGAAUGCAGUGACUGGCGAGAAAAGAAAGCCCGUCUGCGAGUGCCCUACACACACCUGGCCUGCUCAUGAUGGACCAGAUUUUUGCGCAGACAAAAAAGGUGCGACUUGGGUCCCAUCGGAAUAUGGUUGCCAUAGAGGUCACAUUAAGCAGGUAAGAUUAUUGUCUGACUCUCCGACCUGGGAGGAGAACCAAGUUAUCCUCUCAGUUGGCAGCCUUCUAAGCUACGAAGUUGUUUCUAACAAGGGUAAAACGAGCAGGAACAACUACUUCUGGCUUAUUGGGCAACAUCAGCUCUAGACCACGAAUGUCUGGGAGUUGAACUUGCUUCCAGCUGAUCGUAGCGCUGAUUGGUUUAGCAGCAUACGCUCUGUCGUCUGUAAUCAUGCGUACGAUAUGUCCAAGGAAGUCGAACUGAUCCCUGAGAAUCCGUCUAUUCUGGCAUUUCGGAUUGUCAUUAAAGCCGCCGUCCGUGACCCUAUCGAAUAAUUGACAAAGACGCACAAACUGCACCUGCUACGUGUUUUCACGUCCAUUGGUUUGGCGGUGGGUUACGAUCGAUCGCCUUUAAUGAUGGGUUUAGGUGGAUGUCCAAAACUUCAGAGUAAACUCACGUUUCCAGCGGUCGAGUUGACUUUCUUCGACAUCCCACCUAAGGGUCAUUUCUUUCGGUUGUGCUAACAAUUUUUCUAGUCACAACACACUCCAGGCAGCUCGAAGAAAGCAGGCGUUCGGCCGUCCAGAUACACUCACCCAUGCACAUACUCGGUAUCUACACAGAUGUCCCAACAAUAGCGCCUCGCUAAAAAGUGAGUUACAAAAACGGGCAGAAUUACAACAAAGUAAGCCACUUAUCGACACCUUUCCUUAUGAUUGUUCCAUAGAACUACGCGGAUGCAGUCUGAGAUGCAGUAAGUAAAAUAGUCAGGCGCCAUAGAUUCAUCGAUGGAAGCGGUGCAUUGCACCUUCUUUGGGGGCACUUAAGCAGAAAACGUUGUGGGGUACAGAACUGGAGCUCAGCGUCUGCGAGCUGCCCGAUUUAGCAUCGACCAAGAACGAAGAAGUGGUGCGCACUCCGGCGAAGAAUCAAAUGUAGGCGUUGUGACACGAAACCUCCUUAAACAGGGAUAGUGAUCCGGCCAUAGUCAAGAAAUGUCAACCGGAAUUGCGAAAUGCGUUUUCGUUCGUUUCAAAAUGAUUAAUUAAAUAGCGUUGUAAAAGUGAUCAUCGUGCAGCAUAAUUCUAUAAUAAUUCAGUUAUCGCAGGAUGCCGGCUUCCGAACGAACUUCUUUCCGGCUGCAUGCAAAAACUAUACUCUGUAAAAAAACGACUACUUAAUUAGCAUGCAUUUUCCCAUUGAUCUUCGACGCCCCUAAAAAUUCAAUUAAAUUUCAUGGAAAACAUGCAUAAAAAUAUCCAUUCUUUUGCUCACCCGGUAGGAAAUGACGUCUUCUUCCAAUUUUAUCCUCGAAAAAAGGGUAUAAUUCGGUGAUCGUGAGACUUUUUAAUACCGUGAGCUGACCGUUCAUAAAACGCCAUGUCUCUGCAUUUACCAAUGUGGCUAGUAAAAUUAACAAUAUGGCUCAAAUGCACUGCGAAAUUUUAUGAACCCCAUAUGGUCUCCUCUUAAUACUGUAGAGAAAUGUAUGGUUUUCCGUAUGAGGAAAAUAUACUGCUUGUAGUUUGGAAACCCUGAAUGCAAGUGUAACGGCGGGUCGGGGUUUAACAUUACUUGGGAACUAAAAAAGUUUUUGAAAACCGAAGUGUACAUUUUCCUCGAGUAUGAUAUUAAAAGAAGACGUUAUUUCCUACCGAAUGAGCAGAAAAAUGAAUAUAUUUAAGCAUGUUUUCCAUAAAAUAUAGUUGAAUUUUAAGGCGUCGAAAAUAAAUGAGGAAAAUACAUGCUGUCUAAGUAAUCAUUGUUGCAGAGUAUAGCUUUUGCAUGCAGCCGAAAGGAAGUUCGUUCGGAAGCCGGCAUCCUGAGGUAACUGAACUAUUAUAGAUCACCAUCAUUAGUUUUGCGACACUAUUUAAUUAAUCUUUUCUAAACAGAAGCGCAAUUCGGAAUUUCGGCUGACAUUUCUUGAGUUAGCCCACCUACUGUAAAUAAGAUCCUUGUUCAAAAUUUCUUCCCCGGGCAAGUGGCCGCGAUGACCUAAACGAAGGAUCCUAUCCCGUAACAAAUUUCAUUUCUCUUCAAUGGGCAUUAAUCGCGCGGAUUUCUUCCAAGUCCGAAACGAUAACCUAAAGAACCUAAAGGAUAACAAAGACAUUCUCCGGUUGUAAUCCACAGGAUCGGCCACUUUUAGAAGGUCAAAAGCUUCCUGGAGGAUGGCGAAAUUUGUGUUAAAUGCCAACCGAACUAUGGAAAACGCUGACACGUGAACUUUCUGGGGCGUUACUUACGAUGAGAUGUCACAGUAAAAUGCUCGACAGAAGGAGAAGACUCAAAAAAUGGCUAUGGCUCCUUUCUACGGCCUUUUCGGGCGUUUUUCUCUAAUUCGUUGUAUCCACCUUCUAGAGAGAUAAGGUAGUCAUUUCAAAAAUUUAUAUUUCAUGGUUGCAAAUACAAAUGCCGUGGGUGGUCCGCAGACAUCUUUUAUACAGAAAUCUAAUGGGAAAGCUUACGCUUUAAUUGAUCGUGGUGCCUCAUCAUCAUCAUCAUCAUCAUCCUCAUCAUCGUCAUCAUCAUCAUCACCAUCUUCCUUCCUCGCACAUUCAUGUUUCCCAGGAUCUAACAGUCGAGAUAACUGAAGUGUUCCUGAAGAACGAACAUUACGAAACGGAGAUUCGACUCGGAAGGGCAUUAUUUCUUCGAAUCGUUGAAUUUUACGCUUAAGCCUAUUUCGUCCCAAAGCAGAAUUAUCUGCGAGCAAGUGUAAGGUACGCCAACAGAUUAGCUGAUAUUUGGACUUAUACAAAGAUGAUCCUGUAAACGUUAGAACGCCUUUUGUCCGAAUACCGCAGACCAAAAUUCUGGAUUGGUCAUGCUGAUCAUGUGUACGCCGUCCACCUGCUGGAUCAGAAGCUGACAUUUAAAAGAUGUUCCAAUGACAACUUGCCGUGUAUGCAGCCUUCCUUGCUGUCUUUGUCGCUAACAGAGAUUGGUAACGCCCAAACCUGGGCUAUUUAUGAUGCCAGCAAGCGACAGAUGAGUACUGAAUUUCAGCAGCAACCAUCCAGUCAGUCACAGUUUGAUUUGUAUAGAGGUUUUCUAAUGGCUUGUUGAGUCAUGUCAUACAGAAUCGGGAGUAAAGGCUCUAGACGAAUAUCCGAAGACAAUGUCGACAUGAGAACAAACUACAGAUAGCUCAGACUUUGGCGAGCGCUCUCGUGAAUAGCGAAAGUUCUGGGAACUGUCAACACUCCUAUCACAGUACUGGUGAUUGAGAUUGUAUGUAGAACUGGGGAGGCUAUUAGAUGCCAAGCAAAGAGGUCGAACUGCACACUUCUAACGCGUGAAACAUCAGAAGAUUGUUACUUAAUGUGGAGCAAGUGUGGUACUACGUCUGGACGGGGACUAACUGAAACACGUCGUUCAAGAGGAACGAGGAUGACACUAACCUGUAUGUCGCGGCACAUUCGAAACUGCCCUGACACGAAUUUAAUGCGGAAAGUCAGAAAUCCUUACAGAUGGAAACGACCCCGUGAGCUACGAACGGCCUAGACCAUGGGUCUCUGGUUCGGAAUGGCCUCCUAUCAGUCUGUGCAGCGAUGGAACUUCGUCUGAGCAGGACAAUUAGUCGAUCGCAUUAUAAGCAACUGCGAAAAGCAUUGUUACGGAGCAGGAAAACCCCGCAAUCUCGCAUCGUCUGCCAUAUCGCGGCAACGAGUACUUCACACCUAACCGGUCAAGCAAGUAGGUAUGUUAACACGGCAGGUGAAUCUCUCAAACACUGCUUUAUUGUUUGUUUGUUUGUUUGUUUGGUAAUGGGUUAGAGUGGCGUCUGAAGCCUCAGAAUAAACUUCUUGCGCAAGACGGAUAUUUCGUUCUCUUUUGAACUAACACCUGGAUCAGGACCUUCUUUAUGCAUUUUCCUCAUUUUAUGUCCUGUUUGGGUGACUUCUGUCCGCCUGGCUUGCUUUCAGGCUGCUAUAUGAACUUUCGUCCCUGCCCUUGAGAAUGGUACUCAGGUCUCCUACUAAUGAUCGCAUCUUGAAGAGUACUCACACAAGGUUACUGACAGCCGGUCUGUCAUAUUACUUCCAUCAUCUAUACAUCUUCAAGCCACCUGUAAUACUGGGAUGGUGGAAAUAGGGUUUACUGGCGUAAUGAGGAUAAAAUGGCAGCAACCAGUAACGAAAAUCUCACGAAAAUGCCAGUUUGUGUUCCCGCAAUUGCCCUGUUCGGGACGAUGACAGUAUUUAAGGUGUACAACUGCGCACCAAUUGGAUGUAACUCUGUCAGACAAUUAAUUAGUUUUCUCCAUAAGUAUCCCCAAAAUUGAACUGAUUGAAUAUACUACAUCGCUACUUGUCGCAUAUGUGGAGACUAUUCGGACCUUAAAUCCACCGACAUGAUCAUAACUCAGCAAGAAUUCGGCUGAUUUUUAUUAUGAGUAACGCAAGUUUCUGAAUUUUGGAAAGAUUACGAUGAGGGUUAGUGCUAGGAAAGAAGACUGCGAUUGUUUAGUUAGUUAGCUCCAGUACAUUUUAUCGAAUGCUCAAUUUGUUAAACUUUGUCCUGCAUAUAAUAAAAGAGAUCCAGAAACUCUAAUAGCAAAAGUCACUAGAGUGAUUAAUAAGUCCACCAUCCCAAACAAAGGAUGUUGUUAAGUUUGCUGAAAGCUUGUUGGCUCAACGUCGGAUUGUUGUUUCACUUCAAGCGCUAAAACCACCACGCGCUAAGGAUAAGAGCACUCCAAGUAUAGCAUGGUGGUGGCACGCGAGGUGGCGUGCGAAUCCAAAGUCGUUUGGUCAGGUCUCAAAGUCGCUCCUGUGAACGUACCUUAACAUGAACGGCCCAUCAGAGAUAGAAAAGGCCAAACUACUUUGAGCACAUGCAGUGUUGCGCACAGACGUAAAAAAGCACAUUCAAAAAUCGUCAUUCUGGCGUCACUGAAAUAUCUCUCUGGAUUAUGCUGCACGAUAAGUAAUCAUACAACCCCGAGUAGGUAGGCCUCCCAAAUUGUAAAAGACACGACUGUCACAGUAUUUGCCCACCGACGGCGCCCUCCGCGUUUCUUGUUUCAGUACAGCCAAAUUUAUUGAUCGAAUUUCUCACUUUCCUAGUCUACAAUAUGAGACAGUUAAAAAAUAUUUUUUGUGCAAUGGGAAGCCUUUUUAGAAUAGUUCACGUCGUUUUCAUUCGUCUUCGUACAUGAUCUUUGAAAUGCAGACAAACGCGAUAAUGUUGGUAGAGGAAUAAAGAAAUUAUGGCAGUUCGACCAUCGAUCGCGACGAUGCCUAUCGUACGCCUAUCGUAUGCUGAUCGCCCGUGUUGUCAGAAAUCAAAAGGUGGCACUAUUUCUACCAUUUCAUACUAAUGGUAAAUGAAUUUAAUACCCCUUGUGCAGGCAUUGUCAAAAAGAUAUUGCAUUGUUGUAUUUUUACACGGAUGACUACCUUAAAGCAUCUUGAUCACCCUCACGCAACAACCACCGCGAGGUCCUUUUUUUCUGGUUUGGACCUGCAACUUGGUGUGCCAACACACCCCAGAUGUUUGGAAUUGGGUGUGUCAGGGAUAUGCAUCCCGAGGAAGCCUUCCUGUUGGUCCAGCGCAUCUAUCGCGUAACCCAUUUUGGAGCCCUAUGAAAGUGUAGGCAUCACACGUUGCGUGUGUGUACUUAAGUGAAAAAGUGCCUUCAUUAUUUAACUGCUCUCUGCUAUGGGAUAGCUUUGACCCAGCAUGAGCAAAAUUAUGCAACAUCUUCAAAUAAGGAUCGACGCCACCUAGCAUUUAGAUAGCAGCAGAUGACUAUCCACGACUGUCCGAUUGUAGUUACCUGAACGUUGUUCAUGAGCAGUUGUGAUGUCUAUGCCUGCGGGAAGACCUCCCGCUGGGUAAGCAGUCGUGUUUGCUUACGCAAAUUAGGUUCAGGGUCUCAUAAACCGUUGUCCCUCGUAGGUCAUGUGUACAGGCCGCACAGUCUCCAUCUUCGAAGUCGGCCAGCGCAGGUCGAGAAGUCGGUCUUAGUUGGAUGACAAAGAGCAUGCGCCUAACAUGGAAAGCAUCCGUGGCCGACGUUGUUUAAAAGCGCGUGAUGGCCAUCACAUUGACUGGCCAGUCCGCAGUGCGCAAAUAUACGCAGUAAGAGUAGCCAUUUGCGACGAAAAGGCUGAGUGGACAACAGCCGACACGUGUGGGUAGAACAGCCAGUGUGUCCUUGCAACGACGACCACCCCCAUCGCGUGAGUGUCAGAAGAGUCUACUUUGUGAACUUCUACCGCCUUCAAAAAGAAGGAGGAGGAGGGGUCGUCCGGCCGUAAAUAAUAUAAUCGCUUAGUUCACCAAAAUAAAUUAACAGUUGGAACAGUAAUAUUAGCGGUGUAGGCGCCUAUCCCCCUCCGUCGGACGCUCGUUCGUUCACUGGCCGAGAGGAAACCUGCCGGAUACGAGUUCACUCCGACGUUAUUUGCCUGAACGCCUUCCUCUUUUUCCUCGUCAGGUAUCCACUCAGGCCCUGUGAUGGCCGGCGUCGUCGGUCUGAAGAUGCCACGGUAUUGUCUGUUCGGUGAAACAGUCACAAUCGCCAAUACUCUAGAAACAAACGGAGGUGUAAGUUCGUAUGCAGUGUUGCAAAAAUGCCCUCAUUUGCCUCCUAGUAAACGAUGUUGCGCGCAAGUCGGCAUUGCUAGAACUGCCUUGGCAUCCGCAUUUUCUCCCUUAUCCUACCGAUUUUUUGAAACCACACCUCUGAUUGCACUUUCUCAAAUCUGCCACCUAUUAAGUCAAUGGGGUUUAAACAAAAAUGGAACAUUUUAGGUGCGUUAGAAGACCUCCAGCGGCCAAAUGAAUACUUUACGGCUCAUUUGGGCUGACAAAACCUGAACAGUGUGAUUAUGAGUAACUAGGUGUGGUUUGCUGCUCAUAAGCUCCCAGUCCUCCGCAGAGAACCCAGAUCCCUUAUUUAUUCUCAAUGUGCUACUACGUGGAAGGCAACGGUGUAGCUUUAGCUAGCCUGUGGGCUGUGUCAUGCGUUGGAGAUUCGUAGAGGGGAUCUUACGGGUGGGGCAACACGCAGGAUGAAGAGCAGGUGGGAUGCAAAAAUACAUAGAAAAUAAACAAACUUCUGCCGAAAGUCUUAUCGUACGCUGUCGUUUGGCAAGUAAAAUGAGCGCGAUAAUUAAAAAAUAGGCAAAAAGUAAUGUUUGAAAAUAACGGACUUUGAAUAAACCACCGCUCGUGAGUCUGCAUUCAGUCAGGAAGGCAAGGGCAUUUCGACCGAUGGGAACAGUGGAGGAUAAGUGAUGCUUACAGUCACACGGAAUUUUAGCAUGCGUAUUGGAGUUGCCAGCUUCGUUGGGCCUACACCCUACCGUUACCGCAUAGAAUUCUUUGAUUUGAGUCUUGCGAAAGUUGCUUAUUAUAUUACACCACAAAGACCGGGAGGCUACUUCUCUCGAGGCCCGUAAGAGCAACAUAUUCCUGGUUUUGGGCGGAUUUGCUUCUUUGCGUAUGUCCUUUAACACUGUCGUGAGGGUACCCAUUGCGACAGAAAGAAACAACCUUGCUGGACAAUGUGUAUUCACGGGGCGCGCAAGGGCAGGAUUUACGGUAGAUGUUCCAUCUCGUGAAAUGCUAGCUGAUAUUAUCAAAUGUGUUUUCGACCAGAAAAGAUUACUUGAAUAGGAUUGUAGCAUUAACUAUCGCGCAACAUAACCGCAAAAUAUUUCUGUCAUGUUGGGAUGCUGGCUUUUGAAUGAGCUUCGCUUCUUCGCUCUGCAAAAACCACGCUUAGUAAAAGAUAUCCGCUCCAGAACUGUGAAUCUUUCCCCUUGAUUUUCGAUGACCUGCAUUAUGAGGUUUAAAAAAAGUUUCUAAUUAUGCGAUUUUUUAAGACCGCGAAAUGUCCAUUCAUAUAGCAUCGUACCUGGAAGUUUACCACAGCUCCUCAUGAAAUGUACAACAUAGUCCGCAUCCGUUGCAAAAUUUUAUGGACUCUCUAUGAUGCUUUUUAAAGGCAUGGAAAAAUAUUUAAUUUUUUUACGUGGAACUUAGGCACCUUGUAGACUGAAAUCACUAGGCGCUAAUGCAACGAAUGAUCAGGCUCCAAAUUAUUCGGCAAUUAAAAAACUUUUUUUUAAACCUGAUUAUGCUCCUUCUUCGAGUAAAAAAUAUAAAGAGGACGUAAUUCUCUAUCAUACGACUGAAAAAGUAUACUUUUGUUUGUGGUUUCUAUAAAAUGUAUUCGAAUUUGCAAGACCAUCAAAAGUCAAUGGGGAAAGUGCAUGCUACUUAAGUACUCAUUUUUUACCAUGUACGGUUUCUACAUGAGAUUGAAAAGUAGUGUAUUCAAAAGCUGACGUCCUACCGAGUCCGAAAUAUUAUAGGAUUAUGCAGCAAAAAAAUCCGUAUCGCAACCGCGCCAAGUAAUCCUUCCUAAUCGAAAACGCAUUUCAGAAUUUUAGCCAACAUUUCAUGAGAUCGGCCACUCACUGUAUGAAUGAGGAGGCACAAUUCGGAUGCCUGACAAUGUGUUCUUUUUUGUUCUGCUAGCCCAAUCGAAUAAACCUGAGUGAAACCACCUACAAAGAACUGGUCGGCUUUAAUGCCUACAUUUUCACGCCGCACGACGAGGUGAAAACACCGGUAAGCCCUACUUAAUUUGAUUUUAAAGUAGGCCUCUUAUUUUAAACUGAAACGUCCUCAUUGCAGAAACUGGGGACAGGAAGUGCGCAGGCCAGCGAUGCAGGAAGUUGAGGGAAAACCUCCCAGCGCGUUUUCAUCCGUGACUGCAGCCUGUACACGAAAUUUGCAAUCAUUCGUGGAAGACCUGACUAAGAAGUCAGGGGCAGAAUUUUGAGUGAAAACGUGUGUUUUGGCGGAGCUGCGAUAGUAAGGCACAUAGAACAAAGCAUCAAGCUAGUUUCAGGUGUGAAACAUGCCGGUUUUCAACGGACAGAUUUUCCGGUCGUCUAUGCGUACCGAUGAUAACAAGGGAGGUUUUUAUUGGUCAUUUCUGGCUUAUUAGCCAUUGCCAGUCAGCCCUGUCAAACCCCAGAUUUGGGGCAUGUGAUAUGUGAUCUCGCUUUCUAUGGUUAUCGAGCGUUAAUAAUUCUAAUGCACUACGACAGUUUGACUGUCGAUUUCAAUCAUAUGUCCGCAGAAGAAUUCGAGCAGGUACGCUGAACUGCGCGUCAGUUAUAGGGGUCUUACGCUGCAUCUGCCGCACCUCCCCCCCCAUCCAACCUGCACCCGGUCUCCAGAAGACCGGAGACGGGGGAAUUUUCAGGCGGCUGACGCGGUCGGAACCGCCCCUAGAUGUGCCACCGCACUUGGCCCAGAUGCCAUGGAGAGAAAGGCCACAUUAAGGGGCCAUUGCAGCCUGACUCUCAGUCCACCGGUUCUCUACUUCACACGAACACACACUCGGCAGACUGUGAAGUCCCGAUUAUCCCCUCAGUGAGCAGCCUUCUGAACCAGGGCUUUUAGAGAGCCAUGAUAGCUUCAAGCGCGUCAGCGUGCUCUAACGCACUAUUAGUGAGUCACGGCUCCUUGUCUUGUCGGUUACGAUAGGAAAUAUUAACAAAGAUAGAAGAGCGUUCCCCGAUCAGGUUACCGGACACCCUCGUCCCGUUCCACCUUGGAGCUUAGUGUGUCGUUUCCAUUUCCAAGUUUUAGCCUAAAUGCAUGCGAUUGUCCAAGUAUGGCGUGACACAAAUUCGGUUAUUUUUGCUCUGUUACAGGAAACAGUAUCCUCAAAUGAUAUGUGGGGCACUCAGCGUCAAGAAAUUUUCCACAUUGAACUUUUAGAUACUUUCGUCUGAACGGAUAUUUAGUCUAAUAUCCACGGAUUUAUAAGGAGCACUUACGAGCCUAGUCAAUUUGGUGGUCUGUAGGGUGUCAGGAAAAUCCUCUUUAAAAUCGCUAUCUGUUGCACUGACUUAUGAGCCCUUAAUACUAGAUUGUUUUUCUCUGAGACCAAAUGCGAAGCGAAACAAAGUCUUAGGGUAUCCUUCAUAUUCGACUACUUUUAGAGAUCCGGUACGUUUUGUCGUGGCUGCGUGGAGGAAAGCAUGACGUCAUUUUUAAAACACAAGUCUUAAAAAAUGGAAUGGAAGGUUAUUUUUUCGUAAGGAAGUGGAACUGUUCAGUUCUCAGAAAUUAAAUUCCCUCAUACAUAGGAUGGUUUUUAAGAAGGGCUAGGUCCCGAAAACUAUUCUAGGAGAUAUACUUGGAUCCUUAUCGGUAGGGCACAGUUAUAAGUACCCUCCUUAUUACAAUUGGCCCCAUGCCAAAUUCUAGGGGUUUAGGGCAAUUGUUAAGGUUAGGAGGUUAGGGUGUCCUCCCCCCAACCAUCAUCGACCCCCUCGCCGCCAUAUUCAUCCUCAGCCUUCCUUCCUCCAUCAUCCCUAUCUCGUGUUCUUAUCUGAUCUCCCUCAACCCUUAAUGUUUUGCGAAAGAGACCCUAUAAGCGGAGAUACGAAGUAUGUAGUCGGAAAUAAGACGGUAUGUAGCCCCACUGUGUUUAAUGUCCGUUGUUACCUACUAUAUAUAUCCUUCAGUAGGUCCUGAUUUUCUCAUUAUUUCGAGGUCAUAGACAGUCUCGUCACAUCUUCGUUUGCCUUAUUCUUGUCGGUUCCUACCAUACAACGAAUGCCGUAUCGUUUGUCUGGGCCAUAAACAGUCCCUCGUCAUGUCUUAGUCCUAGUCUAUCCAACCUAUCCGGCUUUCCUAUAUUUAUCUCCUUUCAGAGCAAAGAAACUCUCAAGACCUACUGGUUGGAUGACCGCUGUCCGGAGGACUCAGCCCCGAGAGCCGAGCUGUUGCAAAAGCUGGCAGCAGAACGUGUGGUUCUCGCUGACUGCAAUUUGACACACAACUUGGAGUCAGAUACCGACGGAUGGGAGGGCCUCUUGACCGCACAGGCUUCCUCGGCAUUCAGCCAGUCCCGGCGCUCCUCCAACGCCUUAAGCGGAAUGUCACUGUAG